CUACGUCAUCUCCCCUCGCCCUCCCCAUUUCCCGUUCUGCGCCGGAAAUGGACGGCCUUCGUCGGCCGGAAGCUCCUUUGUUUUGGAGGAACCCGGAAGUGCGGCAGCGGAGUAGCUGAGGGAGAGAGAUGGGUUGCGACGGGGGGACGAUCCCCAAGAGGCACGAGCUGGUGAAAGGGCCCCGCAAGAUCGAGAAGGUGAGGCCUUAGCUCUGGUCCUCUGGGGUAGAGGAAGCUGCGAGGAAGGGUGGGCCGGAGGGCGCGCUUAGGCCUUGCGGGGGGGGCAAGGGAAAGAUGGUUUUCGGAGACGGCGGGGUAGUCCCAGCCUCAGAAGCUGCCGUGAGGUAGCUAAGCUUUUGGGAAACCUUUGCCACAAAGGAAAAGAGUGGGUGGACAAAGCAUAACGCCUUUGGCAGGAGUGCUCCCUCUUUCUGAACGGUUGAUAAGGAUUGGUGCUUCCCGCCAGACCCCUCCUUGUUUUACCUUUCCGCGACUCUUCUAUUGGACAUCUCAAUAACAGAUGUGGUCUGUUCUGGAGGGUCCACACUUCCAGCAGCCCUCCGUUCUAUCUUUAAAAAACACAGAAAAAGAAGCUGACACAUUCAACAUGACUUAACGCAGGGAUGUCCAACAGGUUGAUCGCGAAGCUAAACAACUGUGCUGAAGCCUCCCCAGAAGAAGCUUAACAACUGUGGGUCUUCCUCCCUCCCAAAAAAGCUCAACAAUUUAAAUUAUUCCCCCACCCCACCCCAAAAAACGCUCAACAACUUUGGUUAAUCCAAUGGGUAGAUCACUGCCAGUGUGUUUAUAGUGGGAGUAGAUCACAGUCUCUUGGGAGUUGGACAUCCCUGACUUUACAUAUUACUUCACUGCAAUGACAUGUUAAGUAUGGUGUUGCUGAUCUUCAUGCAGCUGUCAACAAGAAGGAUCAUACUUGGGUUGUGUGAUGUUAACAUGCUCAUGAACGUGAAUCAUAGAACAUUAUCAUAGAAGGUAAAAUGGGGGCAGAAUUGAGUGAAAAGGGCCUUGUCAGCAUUUAAGAAAUUGGGGACGACGACAUUUUUUUAUUCUCUACCCCUUUGUCUGGGCGUUGUAUUCUCUCGGGGUUGUUUCCUUCCUUGAGGCUGGGCUGUGUGUCAUGAGAGCUUUUUGACUGCUCUGCAGAAUGCUGGCGAGCAAAUGUUUGACACAAAAUCUUAAAAGACAAUGAAGAUUCAGAAAUUGUUUUGUCUGAGUAGCAACCUUUGACUAAACAAAGAAAAUAAUUUGGGGUUAUUUUCUUCCAUUCCCAGUGGGUUUUCUUUUUCUUUUCUUUCUUAAAUGAAAUUGCCCCAAAGCAUUUCUCUAGUUGCUUAUGUUGGGCCAAAACCCCCUAGAAAGCUCUGAUCAUUUUUGUCGUUGCCAACUCUCUUUCAACACAUUUCAAACUGGUGUUUGGGGGAAAGUAGGUUUCACAUAGAAGGGGAAAGCAUAAACGAAGAUGUCUGUAAAGUUUUUUUCUUUAAGAAUUUCUUUCACAAAAUGUUAAUAAUUUUAUGUAUUCCUCAGGUUGACAAAAAUGCAGAAUUGGUGGCCCAGUGGUACUACUGCACUCUGAGUCAAGAAAAGUUAAGCAGGCCUAUAGUCGCUUGUGAACUUGGCAGGUAGGAUUACAUUUUUAAACUCCUUUUCAGUGAAACAAUAUUAAUUUCUGAAUAAAUUGCAAUCAUGAAGUUUAAAGAGUUUUACAGUAUAUUUUCUGUUACAGACUAUAUAACAAAGAUGCAAUCAUUGAAUUUUUGCUGGAUAAAUCUUCCGAUAAAGUCCUUGUUGAAGCAGCAUCUCACAUCAAGAGUAUUAAGGUGAAUUAACAUGCUUGUGAUCCGUCUGAACGUUUCUAGAUACCAGAGCCUACAACUAUUAGGCAUAAUUCAGAGAAAGUUUAUUUUGUAUAGUUCCUUAAUACAAAUCCUAUUGAUUUUAUUGAAACAUUGAAACUCCUACUUUCUCUAGCAGGCUUCUAUUUUUAAAAAAACCAUGGGGCAAUCUUCAUAUGCUGCAUCUUCUGAUGCCUUUUUUGCAUGCUGGCUAUUGGUCUGCUCUUACUUCUGUCAUAGUAUUGCUUGCACUCAAAAUGACCUUGUCUAUCAAGCCAAUCCCCUUUUCUUUCUUAAAAUUUUAUUCAAAACCUUUUGGUUAUUGUGAGGCAUCCACAAAUUUUGCCUGGCCUUGAUAAAUACUGAUCACAGAACCAUGCCCCUUCCCAUGUUAUGGCGCUUGUCCCCAACCUUGCAUUAUGCUUCUGAAGUGCCCCCUGUGCCUUGCUUGGAGUUCACUGCAAGUUGUACUGUGUUUCAGAGCCCCUCCAAGCAACUCAGAAGCAUAGUACUCCUGGGAGAGAAGGAAGACCUCAGGCUCAUGAUAUUCACCAUAAGGGGAUUGGGAACUCACUGUGACAAAUGGAAUUGUGAAUUCCUAGUUUUUACUGUUGUUUAAGAACAACUCUCAGCCUCAUUCUUUCUGCAUUACCCCAUGACUUGACCUCCUUGUUUUCUCUUGUAGUUCCUUCUUUGCUUUCCCCCCCUCUUACAUUAAAAUGUAUUUGGGCAAAGAGAGAGAGAGAGAGCCCCACUUUUGUGGUGUCUCUGAUGCUUAACAUAGUUCUAUUUAACUGUUAAAAAGUAAUAACAGAAUAAUGGCAAUUAAAGCUCAGUAUGCAGUGCCUAAGCACCAACAUUUUAAAAUUGCUUGCUAUGUCUUGUUGUCUCUAUCAGGUGAGUUGCUAUUUUAGAAAUUAACUAGGCUUGUAAUAGUUGAGUAGAUCUGUGGCUAGAAAAGCAAUUCAUUUCCAUUGCUUUUUUCUUUUUUAAGAAACCUUCAGUCAGGAGUAGGAAUUUAACCUUGAAUGUUUUGCAAAUGGUUUUAUUAAUACAGAAUGAUAAAGGGAAGAACUUCAUUAUUUCAGGAGGUCACUUCAACUUGCUUCCAUUUAAAAACUUGUGUAAGAGACUUUUAUUUCCUUUCAGAACGUCAUAGAAUUAAAUCUCUCAGACAAUCCUGCUUGGACUGGUGACAAGGGGAAUACAAAAGGGGAUAAAUAUGAUGACAUCCAGAGUGCACGUUUCAUUUGCCCUAUAGUUGGGUUGGAAAUGAACGGAAGGCAUCGGUAAGUAUUUUAAUAUCCUGUGUGGUGGAGAAAAAUUACUGUUCUUAGAUGGUUAAGCAAGUUUUCAAAGAAACUAAAUGCUACUGAUUUCAAUGGGGCAUGCUACUUAGGAAGGUGGGAGUGGAAACACAGAGUCUGCUGCUGUCCUGUGGGGCUCUGAACAGGAGCAUGAUGUGCAGAUAUGUCACAUGCACCCCAGUAUUGUGCAUGCUUACUCAGAGGUAUCUCUCUCCCUGUGCUCAUUAGGAAUUACCGUAUUUUUCGCUCUAUAACACGCACCCGACCAUAACAUGCACGUAGUUUUUAGAGGAGGAAAAUCCGUAGGCAUGCCACCCGUAGGCAUUCCCUCCAUAAAACGCACAAACAUUUCCCCUUACUUUCUAGGAGGAAAAAAGUGAGUGUUAUGGUGCAAAAAAUACGGUACUUCCUAGUGAGUAUACUUAAACCUUCAGGAUUAAUGACCAAAAUCUAGACACAUUAAAUAGUUUGCUAUGAGAAAAAUGAAACCUUAUUUGAGUAUCAAGGGACAACCUAUUCAGGUCAAGUUGGGAAGCUUCUAAAGGCCUGCAUAUUGUAAGUUUUAUCAGUGUUAAUGUCAUUGAAGAAUAUGGAAAGCCUAUGAAAUUUGAGUAUCUGUAAAACUAAAUAUGUACAGUGGUACCUCGGGUUACAUACGCUUCAGGUUACAGACUCCGCUAACCCAUAAAUAGUACCUCGGGUUAAGAACUUUGCUUCAGGAUGAGAACAGAAAUUGUGUUCCGGCGGCGCGGCAGCAGCAGGAGGCCUCAUUAGCUAAAGUGGUGCUUCAGGUUAAAAACCGUUUCAGGUUAAGAACGGACCUCCAGAAAGAAUUAAGUACUUAACCCGAGGUACCAGUGUACUGUGACAGCACAUGCUUGGCUUUUAUUGCAUGCUUACUGAAAUGGGAUAGUUGUUACUACAUUAAUGAAUGAGGAUUUUGCAGAGGUCUUUUCUUAAUAUGCACUUCCUGUGUUAACCACAUGGGGGUGUUUGGGGAUACACAGGCUAAAUUGUGUGCUGGGGACAAAUGGCAGUAACAAAUGGAUUAUUAUUAUUAUUAUCACCUUUCUUUUGCAUUCUUGUAUGACUUGAAAAUUUUUGCUUAUAAAUUCUGGCCUUGAUCCAGCUAAAUUUAGUUCGGAUGUGCAGCUCAUCCUAUAUACGCUCAAAAUGUUACGUUCCACUGAGUGUGAUAAGACUGAGUGUGCAUAUGACUGCAACCUGGGUCCCAUUAAAACAAUUAAUACAAGUUAGCCACAAUUGUCUUACACCCCAUUGCUUACAGCAAAUCUAUACAUGCUUACUCAGAAAUUACUCCCAGUUAAGUGUGCAUAGGAUUGCAGUCUUAGUUAGAGCUGUCUGUAGCUUCAUUGUUGCCUGUGUAUAUUUAACCUCUGAACAUCAUUUUCUCUCUGCUUCGCCAAAGAUUUUGCUUUCUACGCAACUGUGGAUGUGUCUUCUCUGAACGCGCUCUCAAAGAAAUUAAAACUGAAGUUUGCCACAAGGUAAGCUUUGUCCCUUUCUCUCCUCUCCCCCCACCUUUCUAGUGUAUGUUUGUGCUGCAUCCCAGCCCAAAAUUACUUUGAAUUGAGCCAGGGUUGUGGAACAGGAUUGUCCAGAGGGCCAGAACUAGAAGUGCCCUGCUCUCUGGGGGCCACUUUGGCAGGUGGGUAGGGAGUGUAUCUGAUCCCUGCUGAAAGCAAUGCAACAGGGUAAUGUGUUACAUCCAAACAGUGCAGAAUACAACCUGCAGCUGCAAAGAAACAUUGAAUUUAGCACUGUUUGAAACCAUAGCUAUACCUGUGCUUUACCUGAUGUCAUAUGACAUCAGGCAGCUGACAGAUGGGUAUGAUUUUGCCUAAAUGACCUGGUAGGCGAAUUGAGAAGGCCUGGUGUGCUUAAUCAGCCCCACAACCAGAUACUCCCCAGUGCUGACUUAAGCAGUGUUAUAAACAUACAUAACUAGAGUCUACUUUGCAGCUCUUGGUUUUCUCUUCCAUGCACAUGUGCAUUCAAAGAGAGGACACAAUUUGUUUAACCCAGGGGGACUUUGGGGUCCUCUUUUCAGUAGACUGGUGAAAGUCAUUCAAGUGUGUAUCCUUUUACUGUGCACCAGACUGACAUCUCAUUUUUUCCGUCUCCUCAGAGCUAAGAAUUGGUCUUUUCUUUUUGUCUCUUAGGAUUAUGUUUAUCAUAAGAAUUGUGGAGUUAGAAGGGACCCUGAGCCAGUGUGGUGUAGUGGUUAAGAGCGGUAGACUCGUAAUCUGGGGAACCGGGUUCGCGUCUCCGCUCCUCCACAUGCAGCUGCUGGGUGACCUUGGGCUAGUCACACUUCUUUGAAGUCUCUCAGCCCCACUCACCUUACAGAGUGUUUGUUGUGGGGAGGAAGGGAAAGGAGAAUGUUAGCCACUUUGAGACUCUUUCGGGUAGUGAUAAAGCAGGAUAUCAAAUCCAAACUCCUCCUCCUCAUCAUCAUCAUCUUCUUCUUCUUCUUCUUUAUUUGGUCCAACUCCCUCCAAUGCAGGAAUCUAAAUAGGCCAUUCUUUAAGAAAGACUAUUUGUGAACUUGCUUCCUCCUUCAUUCCAAAGGUCCUUGAAUUUCCCUAAAGCUAGUUGUUUUGUUGGCUGUUUCCUAUGUGGUUUCCAUACUACUUACAUAGGCUGCUGUUGCCAGUUGAAUCCUGUGGCCCUUGGAACCCAUCUUGUCCAUCUCCUAUCACACGUUGCAUCUUCUCUCAGUGCAUCUUUUCUCUGGCCUAAGAUAACAUGUGGCCCCCCACUCCCUCCUCUCAGUUAUUCCAGGGCCCACACCACUGGCAACCCUAAACUCUUAUUGUUCAUGGACAGAUUACUAAUAAGACAUGUGCAGUUCUUUACACAUCUUUCAUGCUCUCCUAAGAAACUUCACCCUCGCUACCCACAGCUUGAGGAACACUGAUUUAGUUGAUUGCUGUGGAACACUUUUCUCCUUUAUUUUCUGCAGGCUUUCCAUGUGUUUCCUUUCUCUGCUUUCUCCUUUUCAUGUGUGUCCAUUUUCCACUAUGCCAUCUACCGUGGUUUAAGUCAGAAUUUAGUUUUAUAAACAGAUGUACUGCAGUGGUAAUACCUGUGAUAAUGUGAGUUAAAGAUUAAAAGUAAACUGAAAGUUGAAGAAGUUGUCGUGAGAUUAAGAGUAGUCUUUCAGCAGAGAUUGUGGUAGCAAAAAUGCACAAAUCACUAGUUUCAGGGUAAGAUAUUCUUCAUAAAUGCAUCUAUGAUUGAUUAUAUAUUUUAUAAUAGGAAUUCAGCUGCAGGCCAUUAAGUAAAGAAAAAAUCAGAGAGACCCGUAUGGUGCUAGGUGCACUGGUGAUUUCAUUUUAUAUAAAGCAGCAGUCUCUGACUUAAUCACAACUAAUGUCGAAAUGAGAUAAAUAUGUUUCAAGUUGGAAAGAAUUUUCCCCAGGGCAGAAGAUUGGCUAGUGGUACUUUGAGAGUUUUGCCCAUGCAUGUGGUUUGUGGCAUGGCUCACUUUCCCAAGGCUAUGUACUUUGUGGACACAUUUCAAUUUUCUCCAGUGGAGAAAUGUACCAAGUGCUGGCCAGCUACAUAACAUGUGUGAUGGGCAUCAUUUUGUAAGUUGACUCUUUUUUAUGAUGAAAACAGUAAACAGUUUGCAGGUGCUUUCAUAGUUUAAAUGCCUGUAUAAGCUACCGUAUUUUUCCGUCUCCUAUUUUGGGGGACUCAGAUUUAAGAAAAUGGGGGGAGAUGUAUCUGUGUAUAAGAUGCCUCCUAAUUUUUGACAUUAUUUUUUAGGGGGAAAACCUAGUCUUAUACACGGAAAAAUACGGUAUUUAGCCCCUGGUGGCUGCACUUGGGUACUGCUGUGCUAGGGUGUCCCUAGCUCAGUGGUUCCCAAUUAGCUUAUUACUGAGUACAGUGGUGCCCCGCAAGACGAAUGCCUCGCAAGACGGAAAACCCGCUAGAUGAAAGGGUUUUCCGUUUUUGAGUUGCUUCGCAGGACGAAUUUCCCUAUGGGCUUGCUUCGCAAGACGAAAAUGUCUUGCGAGUCUUGAGAUUUUUUUUCCGCUCCCCCCCCCUUUUUCUAAGCCGCUAAGCCGCUAAUAGCCUUUUAGCAGCUAAGCCGAUAAGCCUUUAAUAGCCGCUAAACCGCUAAUAGCGCUAAUCCGCUAAGCCGCUAAUAGGGUUGCUUCGCAAGACGAAAAAACCGCUAGACGAAGACACUCGCGGAACGGAUUAAUUUCGUCUUGCGAGGCACCACUGUACCCGCUGUUUUCCAAAAUCCAAGCCCCCUGCUUUUGAAAAUUUUGAUAACUCUAUGGUAGUUACCUGUGCAAAGCAAUUUUUUGAAUGUGGGGUGGCCCCUAAUAAGCAAAGGAUUUUAGGUAUACUAAAAAACAGACCAUAAAAUUUGUGAUACUAUCACAAAUUGCCUAUUUCCAGACAGUGCCCUAGCACUAAACUAAAUCAUCAAAGGGUGAGCAGUUGUUCUAAUCAUAGUGGCAGUUUGCUUAGCUAUUUCCUGUUGGACUUCCAGGAUGAGACAUGAAUCCCAAAUUCAAAAGCAAGAUUCACUGAAAACCCUACUACAAGCAGUGGGAGAGUCCUCUAAACUUUGUAGUCAUUGAAAGCAAUUAGAAGUUCUUUUCAGUUAAAAAGUAGAGAGCAAGGGGAAGGGAUCCCUUACCUUUUUAAAAUGAUAAACAUGUGAACCCUACCUGUGGAGCAAGCCAUUUGCUUUCUCUCUCCACCCCCCUCACUGCCCCCUGCCACUCCAGUUGCAACAGCCCUAAAAAACUGUGUCAGAGGUUUUUGCCCAGUCCUAAUUCACUUGCAAUCCAGCAACUGUUUCACAAGUUUUCCCCGCUGCUAGCAAGCAGGCCCUGGUCACGAGCAGAGGCUGGGUGAUCUGUGGAUCAUCAUUGUGGCUUUCACUGGGCAAUUAACAAGUUAAGUGAGUCCUUGGCAAAUCCCCAGGUGUCCCCAGACCCGUAACUGGGAACCAAUUCUCUAGCUUAUUUGAUCAGUCAGUGAGAAGGUGGGUCUAGGGUGAGGUCUGUUGUGUUUGUUUUAUGGCAGUCAUAGGUUCAAUUUAAUGACCUUUUGUUCCUUGCAACUUUGUGAUUUUGUAAAAUAAUGUGAAAAGUCAUUGUUAUGCAUGUCAAAAUGAAGCCAGCAGUCCUACCACAGAGAAUACUGUGGACUUUGGUAUAAUGAUGCUUUCUUGGCUUUCUACGUUGAAAAGUCAAUAGAAACUGAUCUAUUGAUGUAUUGAUUCCUUUUAGAGCUGGCUGUUCCAGUUGUGCUGGUUCGCUUCCUUGUUCAUGGCAGCCAAAUAACAUUAAAACACGCCUUAGCAAGUUUGCUAUGCUAUUUUCUGUUGGAGCCCACUUGACUAUUAAGCGAUAUCGAAAAGGAAAUAUGAGCUGCAAUGACUGUUGGAACAUCAAUAGUUGUAUUAUAUAACAAUGGGCAUACUGCCCAUAACAAUAAAUCUUUGUGCAGUGAUUAUCUUAUAACUCGUAGAAGUUCGGCUCUCUACUGCGAAUCCUGAUCAGUGUUUGUUUUAAAUGAAAACUGGAUUUGCAAGAGUCAUAUUUAACACAGCUAUAUAUAUGAGCCCCAUGACUGAGGAUAAAAGAAUGUAAAUUGUGCCUGAAAAAGUUUCCAAAAAUGGCAAAUGUGUGUGUUUAAUGUCUUCACCCUGCAAAUCUUUCAAGUCCAGCCUUUCAAACCUACCUGCCCAUUGCUACCCAGCACUAGAUAAAGAUCUCUCAGUGGCUUUUCUCUGGAGCCCACCCUCCUCAGGCUAGGUGGACAACUAACAGCCUUUGUGGCCAAAAUGUGAGGCUUUCUUCCAAGACGUGUUCGCUUGGUGUCAUGGUUAGUACCUUUUAGGCACCAGGCAAAUGCUAUCUUUUCCCUUUGAGCUUUUAAUGGCACUUAAUUACUUUGUUCCCCCUCUUGAGCAUAGUUUUUUAUCACUUGUUUUACUGUUGGCCUCCUUUUUCUGCUGUUUUCUGCUGCAUUUUUAUUGUUUCAUGGAUAAUGGUUUUAUUGUGCCAUAUUAUUGUUCAUAGCCACUGAUAAGAUGAGAUAUAAAUUCUGAAAACAAGCCUUUCAUUCUUCAUCCUCUGCAAAUAAGUCCAAUGUCUACAAGUCACAUCUGGUCCUUACCCAUUUUGGAAUUCAGGGGAAAUUCAGAUUAACUAGAUUUGUUCACAUCCUAUAUACCAGGGGUCAGCAAACUUUUACAGCAGGGGACCAGUCCACUGUCCCUCAGACCUUCUGGGGGGACGGACUAUAUUUUUGUGGGGGGCUGGGGGCUUAUGCCCCACAAAUAACCCAGAUAUGCAUUUUAAAUAAAAGGGCACAUUCUACUCAUGUAAAAACACGCUGAUUCCCGGAUUGUCCACGGGCCGGAUUUAGAAGGCGAUUGGGCCGGAUCCCCCGGGCCUUUGUUUGCCUACCCAUGCUAUAUACUAAUAGUUAACUCUUUCUUAAAGUGCUGAUCUUUAUGUAACCCAAAUGGCACCAUUUAUGUCCAAGAGGUUCAGCAGGUUCAGGAGGAUCCCAAGGUUUGCAGAAGUACAAAAUAGUGUUGGUGUAGAAAGACCCCUAAGCUGAGGAAACACAUCCCUGUUAGAACUGAGCAUACUCAGUAGUCAUGGAAUACUGACUUCUUAUUGGGGGAAUGGAAAAUAUGGGUGAAUGGAAUGGAAUGAAGUAUCUCAAAAGAAGGCAUGGCUGGCUGGUGCACUACACCAGGGGUUGUCAACCUCGCCCCUACUGCCCACUAGUGGGCAUUUCAGGAAUCUAGGCGGGUGGUAGGGGGUUCUACGGCACAAUCUGAAUCCUCCUUCCAUCGAGCACUGGUGGGCGGUGAAGAAAUUUUACCAUCAAGAAAGAUGCAUUAGUGGGUGGUAGGUAUAAGAAGGUUGACUACCCUUACACUACACCAUUUUAAUGCAGAUCCCACUUGUGUGUUUUAUGGUUUUGUUUGCAGGAUAGAAACUAGGUGUGCACAUAUGUGGGGUUAAAGAUGCCAAAGAUUUCUUCUCACCUUUCCCCUGCGCAUUAAACCCUGAUAGCCAUAUUUUCAAAUGAGCAAGGACUGUGGGGUCAACAAAGUUAGCUUUGCCCAAUGUCUCAUGCACAUGAGCUGUGACCCAUACAAAGAGUUUUAAAUUGACUCUCUUCCAGUGUGACCAGCAGCAACAACAAAACCAUCUGGAAACAUUAGUACUUCCUUUUAUCUUAGGUUAUGCGUAUGGGAGAGAGUAGUUGCGCUAAGUAGUAAGGGAAGGUCUGCCAAAGCUUCUUAGUCUCAGUCUGUGAUGGAAUCAGUCUCUCUUAUCAGACACCAGUGUGCAUUUACAUGUGUGUGCGUAUAGCCAUUCUUAUCUUGAUGUCAGUUCAUCUGAAGACUACACCUUUUCCUGGAAAGUCAAGGUCUGGUGCCCUACAUCCAAGGGCCAGAUGUGUUGAUUCAUCUCCUCUUCAAGAUCUUAUCAAAUGUAGCACAAUCAAAAUGGUUCUUGGAUUUUCUGGUAAAUUUUUGGGUGUGGGAAGGUUCCUCCCAAAAUUCCUUAAUGCACAUGACACAAAGUCCCAGUGUGAGUUUGAAAACAUUUUCCUGCUGACUCUGUUUACAGUGCCUCCUAUGGUGGCUCACAAAAAUCAUAAAAACAAUAUCUCAGGAUCAUAGAAUUGUAGAGUUGGAAGGGACCCCAAGAGUCAUCUAGUCCAACCGCCUGCAAUGCAGGAAUCUCAACUAGAUCAGACAUGACAGGUGGCCAUCAGUUACAAUAGAGCACAAUCUUAAAUUUUAUUUAUUAAAUUUGCAAGAUUAGUAUCUCACCAGUCAAAAUGGUCCACCUCUUGCCUACUUCCCCAAAGUUGUUACAAGCAUAACAUGAGGAGGAGGGAAAACCUAAACAUCUUGAGCUACUUGUAAGAAAUGUGGGAUAUAAAAUGGACCAGAUAUAUGUAAGUUCUCUCUGAAUCGGGAUUUUCAGAGCUACAUAGGUUAUGUACCUACAUAAGUUAUGUUAACGCACCGGUGUUCAAGAAUUCUUAAAACUGACAAGUUUUUUUUUAGAACUGUCUGGUUUGCACCUCACUUUAAACCAGUUAGGUUUAAGCUUAACUAUGACCAAGCAGUGUGCUGGUGCAUCACUCCUGUGCUAGGCCAAAUGGUUGCUUAGUUCCCAGCAGCACAGUUGGAGGAGAAGCAAAGCAGCUACAAUUUUAGCACCACUCAUACACCAGCAUCCUGCAUGUUCACCUUUCAACCAUGGUGCAAACCACCCAAGGUUGAGCAGUUGGUUGGUCACUGAGGGUGCUCUGUGGAACUUGAAUUUUAUGUAGACUUGGGCUGAUUCAUUGGCAGUUGACUACGUUCCUCUCCCAGCACUGGCAAGUGAAGGCUUUUAAAAUUGAGGUGUUAACUGAGGCUUGUUACUGCUCAUGAGGGGACUGUUGUUGCAGCAGUCUUUCCUACAGCUUGGUAAAGGAGAGUGGCAUUAUUCCCACUUUGCAGAUGAAUGUGGGCUGGGGAUGGAAAGAGUAUAGCAAGGAGGCUGAGAAAAUAGAAUUUCCUCAAGGCCGCCUGAUAGACUGAGGUCUCCUGCUAGAUAAUGAUUAUCUCCUAGUUCCUUUUGUAACUUACUGUACCUCCAUAAAGCCAGGAGGAGAUAAGGCAAAAGAACAAAUAGCAUUAAGGAGGUCACAAUAUAACCUUCAAAUGAUAUGGGAAUGAUAAGCCCUUUUGUGCUGAGUAAUAGCAUGGUAGUAUCAACUCAACCUCAGGGAUCUAGAUUUCUGAAGGUCUACUUCAGGCCAUUUUCUUUCUGAUCAGUGGAGAACAGCCUUUACCAAAGGUGUCAUGGGCUUUGAAGACACUCAAACUCAGGAUGCAAGGGGGAAACGUGCUAAGAGGAAGGCAAGCUUGGCAAAUCCACACUGUGAUCAACUCCAGCCCAGAAACCAAUGUCCCCACUGAGGAAGGACGUGUGGUUCCAGAAUUGGCCUCCACAGUCACUUAUGUACUCAUUGUUAAAACUGUGUUUAUGGAAAACAAUCUUACUUGGCUACGAGUGAUCGCCAAAGAAGAAAGAAGCCCUCAUGCAGUCAAGCUCUCAUAGACUUCUGUGCCAAAAAGUUUCCAAGGGUAUACUUCCAGGCCCGUCUAUGACCCUGCUGAGCUGAGAAGGUUGAAUUGAAGCCAGUAUAACCUCACGGAAGUUAGCAGCAGCAUAUAAUUGGCUUUAGGUUGGUUUGUUUUUUAUUUUAAGAAACUCUUAAAAACUCAGCUUUUCUUUCCGACUUACAGCAGCUUACAGUAAGCAGUGAAUCAUGAUGUAAAGUAGGGAAUUCCAGUGUAAUCUAAUACUUUGGCAUGCUUCAUAUCUUCCUGCUUUGCUCAGUGCCUCUAAACUUUUUCCAGGCAGGCCAGUGAGGCAGGUUGAGGCAGCUGUCCUGUCCACUGGAGCCUUUUUGUGAUGCUGUGCUUAGUCCUACCUGUCGAAAAGCUUGCUAAAACUGGCCAAAAUGAAGUAUCUGAACCACCGCUGUCCCAGGUGGACUGGCAUAGCCGCCUCUCUCUCCCCUUGUGUCGGCAGAUGGUUAUUCUAGACAAACAUUCUAGACAAACUGGAGGUCAGGAGGUUACAUAGAGUAGUUGCUCUGUAGGAUUCCCUACCACCACCAAAACUGAUUAGAAUAGUUCCUACAGCUCCGGCCACAGGAUAGACUGUGACAGACUUACAGAUCCCUAUUGAGCAUUGGGACUAGCAGGUAUUGCUGUUGCCUGCACACAACUGGAUUUCAUGGUCCAGACCUGCUGGGAAAUGGGAAAUGCAAUGGGAAGGCAUCAACAUGGUCCUGAGGGAUACAGGAGUGUUGUCGAUCAGGCUUAAGAGUAAUUGUCCCAUAUUUAGGUUCAAAUGGUAAGGUUUAAUGCGAUGGUGGGUUUGUCUGUCUGUAUUACUGUCCAACAGUUAUGGCCUUUAAAACCAGUACAUUUUUAAUCCAGUGUUUGCUAAUAAUCUAUCCUGCCCUGUGCAGCCAUGUUUUGUAUAUAAUAGCAUCCUUCACGUUGUUUCUGACAUUUCAUUGCAAUGAUAGUGUUGGUUUCUCAUAAGUGUAUAAUCAAGGAGGUGGUGUGCACGUGUUUGCUCCUUGGAAAUAGACAUGAUUAGAAUGAAUUUUUGCUUAAAUGUAGAGGCUGAAAUUUUGAAAGCAAUCCAAGAAGCCUAGUCAUGUAAUAGUUGGAUGAAUGAGUCUCCUCAAUUUCAUCUGCCAAUCUUCUCUGAAAACACUGAAAUAAAAGAACAAUUAAGGAAUGUUGUAGAAAGUUAAUUGCUAAUCCACAAACUGCUUAACUUUCAGUAGUCACAUCUACAGCAGAGAUAAUAAUCCAAAAUGAUUGCCUGUCAAUUGUGUUUAGGGCUGCACCAUGAAUCAAAACAAGUACAAAAUUUGUACUUAAAUUCUAUAUCCCAGUGAUACCUGUUUGAAGCAACUGAAAACCAGUUCUUAUUUUCAAAUAAAUACAGUACCUUUGUUUUCAAGGCUUUAAUAUUUGUAGUUCCCGCACCCCUGAUUGGCCUUAAAGAACAACCUGCACAUUUAGUCCAAAAGAAUGUGGACAGCAGUAUCAUAUUCAGACAACAAUACACCAAAGUAUCUGAAAUUCCUUCUCGGUUUCUUCUGCUCUAUUGUUAAAACUGAAAACAGACCACAGAUUACCCACAGAAGCAAGAUGAGGUAUAACAAAUGAGGCCAAAGGGAGUUGGUUGCUAAGUUUCCGGUAGUUAAUGUUUUGUUUUUUAUUUAAAGCAGCAAUUAGCAUUGUUCCCCUGGUGUUCCUCCUCCUUUAAGUAUAUGCUGAGAGGUGAUCUAGACCCAAUACAGACAAGAAAUAAUAAUAAUACAUAUAGUAUUCUACAUUUCUUUGAUAUGGCAUAUGUAAUUUAUGUGCAGCAACCCUUUGCUCAACCCUCAACAUUCUAGCUACAAAUGGGCUUUUUUUGACAGCUAAGUGUGGGUGUUGUGACUGUGGAUCAUAAGCUCCACCACAGACUUCAUUACUUAAUACAACAGAGGAUAAUUGAGUGUUCUUGUUUUAUUCAUUGCCUCCUUUGCACACACCAGGAUUUAGAUUAAAGUUCAUUGUUGUGAUCACUCAGCACUCCAUUCCUCACUUAGAUUAAGUCACUUGACCCAGCUUGUGCCGUUUCAGUACUUCAUUUCCCGUGACUUUUCCUUUAUAGAAUCUCCAUCACCUAGAUGGUAGGGACUAUCCAAAAGUUGCUACAACUCCCAACAGCAUUAGCAAGUAUGGAUGGGAGUUGUAGUUUAGUAAUACCUGGAGGACGAAAGUCUUCCCACGCCUGAUCUACAGCAUUGGCUUAAAAAGUUGGUGGUAUUUUUGAAGCUGUCUAAACCUGUAUUCUAAAGGUUAGUCAGAAUAUUAGGUCUAUAACCCAGGGAGUUUCACACCAUUUCCCAAGAAAUCCUGGGGUUUCUCAGAAUCUUAACAAGAAUUAAGAGUGGAAAGAGGUUUUUCCACAUGACAGCUUGCUCGCUGCUAUCAGUCAUACCUUAAAAUGUGCAGCCUUAGGGCAUGCCCUGUUUAUGUGAAGUGACGAUGCGAUCCAACAAGUCUUGCUACUGCCCUGUGAAUGGAGUGUGUAUCACUGAACACUUCCCAGAAUGUUCUGCAACACACAAGGCUUCUUUGGCAGGAAACUCUUAGCAACACUGUAAUAGGCAAUCAUAGCCCCACAAUGUAGAUCUUAAUGAACAAUCUUCAUUCAAGUUGUAGUUGUUUUUUAAAAAAUAUUUUUUUAUUAAGUUUUACACAAAUAUCUCCAAUCAAACAAUUUCCCAAAUAACAUAUUUUCAUCUUUUGGACUUCCCUCAGCUUCUCUGACAAUCAUCCGUGUUUAAAUUUUUAUCUACGCAUUCCUCAAAUUUAGUAUCGCCUUUUAGGGUACCUUUAUAAACAUAUUUGCACUCUUGCAAUAUUCCUUAUUUUUUCACAAAGCUUCUUUAAAACCCACUAGCGUUGGUUGCUCAUCACAUACACUCUUCAAAUACUCUGAAAAUUUUUCCCAGUCCUCAAUGAACUUGUGAUCUCGUUGAUAUCUAAUUUUCCCGGUUAACUUGUCCAGUUCUGCAUAGUCCGUUAACUUCAUUCUCCAUUCCUCCAGAGUCAGUAGUUCUUCCUGCUUCCAUUUUUGGGCCAUUAAUAUUGUCGCUGCUGUUAUUGCAUACUGAAAAAGUUUACAGUCCUUUUUAUUUAUUUCAUUUCUUGUUAUUCCUAGAAGGAAGGUUUCUGGUUUCUUUACAAAAGUAUAUUUCAACAUCUUCUUUAACUCAUUAUAUAUCAUCUCCCAGAACCCCUUCACUUUCUUACUCAAGUUGUAGUUUUAUCCAUUUUUAAAAACAGGUAUUUUCUCCCAAAGCAGCUCAUAUUGAGAGAGAGAAACAAGGUCCUGCCACCAGAUGUAUAAACUAAAAAGGCAAAGCAUGCUAGGGAAAGUGAGUGGAGAUAAAAGGUAGAGGAGGCAGAAUAGUUCUUCGGGGCCAGAACAAAGUGGUGAGCAUUUUUAUCCAGUUUGGGCCAGGGUGACCUUCCCCUUGAAAAACAAAUUGAUGUUUCUUUUUUCAUUAGUUGAUAGAAAGGUGCCAGAAUGUCCUUCCCAUUUUGUUUCUUCAUUCCUAGGCAACUGGCAGUUCAUGCCAAAUGUUAUUUCAGACAAGGAACGGGGGUGGGGGUGGGGGACGACAGCUCCUCCUUUGAUUUGUGAAUGGGACCAUGUUGGUCUCCCGUUUGCCAAGAUGCUAUUUCUAGGAGGCAAGGUGCACAACCUCCCAGUGGUCCUGAAUUUCCUGGUUGAUGACAGGGGUUAAAGUAUGCUGUGGAUACAGUGUAAAUAUAGGAGUGGUGGACAGCCCAAAGAGCGCUGCAUAAGCAACAUAUAGCAUAUUUCAGCAUUUAGAGAAAUGUAAGUCAUUCAUACUAUGAAGAGACAAAUUAUAAUUUUUUUUAAAGUUCUCUGAAAAUUUAGAAAUCAGAAGAAAUCUGAGAAGGGAUCUAAUAUUCACCUUCACCCUGCAGAGCUUUUGUUUUGCAAUUGUUUUUCUCUGGAGUGCCUGUUCUCUUCAUAGAAAUAAUCAUAGAAUCAUAAAGCUGGAAGGGACCACAAGGGUCAUCUAGUCCAACCCCCUGCAAUGCAAGAAUCCUUUGCCCAACAUAGGGCUUGAACCCAUGACAUUGAGAUGAAGACUCAUGCUUUACUGAUUGAGCUAUGCUCCCCAUGUAGACUGGAUUGUGUAAACAAAGUAGUCUGUGACAGAGCCCUGAACGAUAAAUGGUCCUGCCUCAGUGGGUUUUGUGUAGGUGUAUUAUUGGAUGGCUUUUUGAUCCCAUCCAAUUCCAAUUAUAAUUUGAAAUCCUAAAUCUGAAUGUAGUGCUGUCUGCAUUCCAUGAUUCUAUCCAAGUGUAGAAUCUGAGCAGGGCGUGAUGUGAAAAUUGGCAUCCUGAGAAUCUCCACUUUUUUUUUUUUAAAGUAAAUUUCUAUCUUUAUGGCUAAGAAGACUAACUUCAAAAGUGGGUGGGGGGUGAAACUUCAGCUGUCAGAGGUAGAGCAGAUGAUUUCAAAUGAUUGGGAUAGUGUGUGGGUUGGUGAGAAUCUGCUAUAGUUAAGAUCAUGACCUUUUCUUGAUUAGCUUAAGCAAAAAAACAGAACAAAAAGAAAUUGGCGUUUAUUUUUUGGGAUGGGAACAAUCUACCACAACAUAUGUUUUUUCGCUUAAAAAUAAUGUUUAUAUAUCUACAGAGUUUUGUGGAUUUAAUGGAUAGAUUAAUUUAUUAAGACUGACAUGAUCAAUUAAUUUUAAUUGGGUGCCAUUCUUGCCAACAAUCCUAUGCAUGCUUAAUAACUGCCUUGGAAGAUAAGUCUUUUGCUAGGCAGCCAGUUCACUCAAUCAUGAGCUUUUGUCUUGGUUGGCUAUUACAUUCUUAAACAACCUUAACUUCGCUAUCCAAGAAGUGGUUAGUAUAUAUUAUUAUCUGCCCAUAGUGAAACAAGCUUCUUCCUUAGAAAUUCUGUUUAUUCUGAGUUUCUUAUUAAGCACUGUAAAAAAAUGUAGUAAGGCCCAGGCUAAUAAACAAGCAAUCUUAACAGCAUUACAGCUGGGAUUGUUGACAUGUGAAAAAUUUCAGGCAUGGUGUAUGAUGUAUCAGCUUUAUAAUGUACAAUGGCAGAUCCAGCUUAUGGGAGCAGUGAGUGUGCAGUCCCAUGGAAAUUAUAAAGUCAUGGAAAGUGCAUAAUGCAGAAAAAAAGUCCCUUGAGGUGAAUGUUCCCAGGAUAGCCUGAAGGGAUUCUGUGCCUAUAGCUGCUUGUUGUGCAGAGUAAUAAGCAUUUUUCAAAAUGUCACUAAGUCUACAGUGCUGUGAGAAGUGGUGGAUGACAUAAAGAUUUCUGUGAAGGCAAAAAUGUGUCCUGUCUUGAAUAAGAGAAGGAAGGUCCAUGUUACUUAACUUUUAUUUGUUCAGAUAGCUGUUCUGCACCCGUUGUCCUCUUGCUGAGAAAUAAACUGAAAGAAUUUAAGCAUUAUUUCAGGAGCAGGAUAAUAGUUCAUGGAUUGAAUUUGAUGGCUUUCUUUUUAACCACAAACAGAAUCCCUACAUAGUCUCUGGCUGUAGUGAGUUCCAAAAUACAGCUCUCCAUCUGGGUGUACAAAGAUGGGGAACAGUCUGAAGACACAUGAGAAUACCACUUCACUGGAGCAAGCAGCUCUGGGUCUAGCCAGUGCCUGUCUAGCCAGCUGCCUGAGAACCAUGUGUACACUACAUUAGGUUCCAUGAUGUUAAAAUAUAAAUAAUAAAGAGCAUUGCCACAAAAUUCUUGUCCAGGCAGCAAUCUGAUCAUAUACAUACUUAUGUGGAGGUAAGUUCUGGGUUCUUUAGAACUCUCACAGAAGUGUGCAGAAGCCUGGAGCUGUGGCAACCAGGAAGUUGCAUUAUUUUAGAAAUAUGUGUAGGUAUAGAUGAGGGGUGGCCAAUGUUUUGGGCUCCAGAUGUUGUGGACUUCAAUUAGCCCUAGCUAGCUGGACCAGUGGUCAGGAAUGACGAGAGUUGUAGUAUAACAGAUCUGGAGGACAACCUAGUUGACUACCUCUGAGAUGAAUAGCUAUGGGAAUUUUGUGUGAAGAUGUGUAGUGUGCCCAAAAGAUACUAUAUCAAGGACACCUGAUAUUCUUUUCCUUCCUCCCUUCUCUCUUUUUCCUGAUCUGUUGCUCAUUUGUUUUAGACAACUGUAAAUGCAGAUUUCAAAGAACCAAGGUAAUUUAAUUUGGAGAAUUUUUUUUACAAAAGAAGGUUGAAAUUGCAAGGACAGUGUUGAAGAACAAAGGGGAGAUUGUGGUAUUAAGCAGGGAUGAAUAAGACAGUGGUGGGAUAAACCAUUUCAAACAGAUUCUUCCUUGCUGCCAUGGUUUCAGAAGCCUUAUUCUCCUUUCUAGUCUCCUGUUUGUAUGGUAGAAUUGUAUUUUAAAAAUGCUUGUGUAUGAGAUAGUUGUGAAUGGUAUGAUGGGGAAGAGCGAUAGCUUAAUGGUUGAAGCAGAUGUUUUGUAUGCAGAGAGUCUUGUGCUCUAUCCUCAACAUGUCUAGCUUAAAAGGAUAUCUGGCAGCAAGACUGAAAAAAACAAAGAGCCACUAAUAGUCAGCAUAGAUAAUACUGGGUUACAUGGAUGACUAGUCUGUUGGUAUAAAGUAGCUCUCAGAAAUAUUGUGGAAAAGAUUACCUUUCCCACAAAGGAUGAAUAGUUUCAGCAGCUAAAUGUUAGUAUCAACAUUCUUUCUUUAUAUUCAUUUUCUCUCCCUCCCUCCCCCCCCCUCGGCUUUUGCAUGAGGAACACCCUGCUCUGCUAUUGUGCAGUCCCUGGGCUCCAUGCAUCAUCCUUAAUGGCAUGCUGGUGUUCAUAACUACAACCUCAUAAGAUUAAGAUUCCCCAGCUAGCUGUUGCUGUGCCUCUUGAACCCAAUCAUUCCCAAUGUUAGGACCAUAGCUCUGGGGUCCAUGUCACAUUGGAUGCUGGGUGUUCUUGCAUUCUUACUGGAGCUGCAAGGCCUAUUUUCCAGCCCCUAAAAAUUGCCUGCAGCCAUCACCUGUAUUAAGCCUGCUUUACCAGAACUGCCUGUCGGAAUGCUUUUUUCCUCCAUCACCUUCAGGCAGCUGGGUCGCGUUCUUGAUGUGGUUGAACAACAUUUUAUCACGUAUGAGAUCUUUGCAAGUACCACCUCAGCCUCAAUGACUGCUCCAGUUCUUGUACAUUGUAAUUAUUUAUAUUUUGAAGGUUUGCACCCAUCUUCUGAUGGAUUGGUCCUCGAUAUGGUAUGCAACAGAACACAGUAACAGAGUGAACCCCCCCCCCCCACAUACAACCCAUACUCCUUAGCCUUUUCUUCUCCCAAAGAUGUCCCACAAGGCAGCAGAUGUUUAGGAUCAGAGUUCUCCUUCUCCUAGAUGGGCUACCAUCCCAGGUUGAUGAGCCCCAUCUAUCAUCUACUUCCAUCUACAGCACGUGCAAAAACCGCCUUCUUGAUCGUUGAAUCCACUACUAGUCUUAUCUGCUCAAUUUGCCAGAGCCUGUCUCUGCACACAGGGCAAGCCUCUAACUCACCACUGAGGGUCUGAGGCUCAUCAGCUACCCUCAGCUGGUUUAGCCAGCCAGUUAAAGCCGUUUCCAGGGUGUGGCCACUGUCACAUGCUGAUAGCUUCUAGGAGCCACAGGUGAGAGCUGAGUGCAUGGUGGGGACCAAAGGUGGACAAGAUACCCCAGAAAGAGCACAGCAUGUCCCCCAGCAGAGGUAGUACCCCUCCCCUAUCACCCCAUACACUCAGCCUUAUAGUGAACCUUGUUGAUGAUUGAACCUGGAACUUUCUCCAUGUAAAGUAGGUGCUCUCCCACCAAGCUGAGCUAUAGCCAUUACAACUCAUUGGCAGUGCCUGUCCAAAACCCAAAUCAAUGUGUUCCUAUUGAUACAUCAAAAUAAUUUGAGAAGCAGAAGUUUAUUAAAUUGGUUCGUUGUAACUACAUAUUCUGUUGCUUAUUUGCACCACUACCUCACUGUGAUUUACCAAACAUGAAUGUUGUUGCUAGGCUGCAAGCUGAGGGCAAGGGCUGGGGCAGACUUUGGAUUCAUUUUGUAAAUGCAUUUUCACAAAAACAACUGAAGCAUGAGUAGCAUUGAUGCGUAUCAGUAGAAGGAAGGAAGCUCUGGAUGAGGACAGCGCUUGUCCUAUCUAAUCUAAUUAUUGUACUUUGCUCAGAAGCUGUACCAGUUGCUAGGCUCUCUGAAGGGAUGUAGUGACUCACCCUCUUAACAAUUUUCCAUUUCCCCCUCCCCCCAGUUUGCUGAAUACACACACACACACACACACACACACACACACACAGACACAGCCUUUAUCUCACUGUAACUAGGCUAUGGUUGAAACAUCUCCCUCCAUUAGUAUUUUGAAAGAGAGAGAAGAACCAACUGUUUUUUCAACUUGCAAACACUUUCUUUGCGAUGUGGGAUGGAACCACUUCGUAGCAAUUCCCAUAUUGGCCUGGUCUGCAUGUCACAAUGAACCAUAGUUAAAAUAAACUAUGAUUUAAUGUGAUGGUUUAAUGUGAUGUGUGCACCAGGCUGUUGUGAAUAUAAAGUCAAAACAAGCCAUUUCUUGCCAGUGGUCACCAGCCAAGUAACUUGUUUAUGAACCUGAGUAAAAUGCUAGUGUAUUGAGGAAGCGCAACACACUUAACUAUUUCAAGGCAGGAAAACAAAACAUGUCUGAUGGAACCAUAUGUAGUUUGCUUCUGUACUAUUUCCAGUGUCUCCCUUAGUUUCAGCCUAAAGAUCAAUGCGUUACAAAAUGAUAUGUACAUUGGAAACAAAUGAAGACCCAGUUAAGGCUUCUGCAGAGCAGAGUUCACCUGUGAGCAUCUUUAGAUUUAUUGUUGCUGAUGUAGUAGUUAGAUUGUUGAACCUGGGAGGCCACUGGGUAGCUUUGAGCCAGUCACUGCCUUUCAGCCUAACCUACGCCCAGAGUGGUGGUGUGGGGAUCAAAUGAAGAGUGGGACAACCAUGUUUGCCACCUUGAGCUCCUUGGUGAAAAAGGUGGAAUAGAAAUACUAUUAAUAAAUGUACUUAGUUGCAGGUACAACUAAUGAAAUGAAAUCACAAAGACUUAUGCAGGAGGUUUGAAUGUAAUAUUAGCAUUUUGUUUUGAAAAGAAGAUUCAUUUCAUCUUAUCAUAAUGCACACUUUUGCACAGGUUUCUCUCUGUUUAUUAUUUAUUUACAGUAUUUAUAGCCUGCUCUUCAUUGAGUGUUUUGAAUCCCAGAGUAGGGAACAGAAUAAUAAAAAUAAUACACACAAAAAUUACAAAAUCAUAUAAAAAAGUCCAAUAAACAAGUUAACAAUUCUGUCACAAAGUAGACAAGCAGCAAAACAACGGCAAAAAUUAAAAUGUCACAUUUAACCAAAUGCCUAAGUAAAAACAAAAACAAAUACAAGACGUUCAGACAAGAAAUUUUUCCUCAUUUGAGAUGGUGCAAUAUUUGAAUCUCUAUACAGAUAUACUGAACUUGGUGAUAACAGCUAUUACAUAUGACUUUAAAAAGAAAUUGUGCAAAGUCUUUUGUUAUAAAUGGAAUUAAUUUGUUGGCUGCCAUGCAUCAUGCUGUUUCCUUUCACAUAAUCAUAUUGCUGUAACAGGCAGCUAGGAUAAUUAAGUGAACAUUACAACCCUAGUAAACAGCAAUGGAUAUGAUAAGUUGCUUGCAUUCUGUAUAGUAGUCCAUCUUGAAUCGAUAAGGUGCAUACAGUAAAGCUGAUCACACGUUUAUGACAUCAACUAUUUUAAAUCUCAUUAAAGAUUUGUUCUUUUAAAAAAAUAUUCACAACACUAGCAGUGCUAUCCAAUACAUGCCUACUUGGAAGUAAUUAAGUUCAAUGUUUUGUUCAAGUAUAUUCUCUUCUUAACAGAGCAGUUGGCCCAGGCUAAAUGUAGUCUGUUCUGAUUUUUUAAAUCAGUUCUUAAAUCAAACUUUUGUGAAUGGGAGGUUUUGAUUCAUACACUUGCAUGCCACUGGGAUCCACAUUUGUUUCUCUUGAUUUAGAUAACAAUUUACAGAAUUUUUGAAUUUUAACGAGGGCCGUAAUAGCCAUGGGUCACAUGAUCUCCUUGGAAGCCGUUGUGAGUGCUGCUGUUUCUUGUGGCUGGGAUGAGAAUCUUUGCUUUCAUGUUAUGUUUCUUUAGCUGUCUCAGUUGCCUUCAUGAAGGCAAUAUGCUCAAAAGGCUCAGUAAUUGGAAGGUGAAGGUGUUUAUUCCUUGCUGCAUUUCUUAUUUUAUUCUGUAACUGGGUUUCACAGUCCCUAUAGCACCAACAAAAAGUGGCAAAAGGUAAUUGGUAAUUGCUCAUUGCUAAAGGUAAUUGGUAAUUGCUAAUGGUGCUGAAUAUCAUAUGUAUGUACAGUACAAUAUCUGGUUCACUGAUGUGCAUCUUAGUUGCACUGGGUUUCUGGUGCUUGGUUCCUUUGGAAGGGAUGUCUCCAUACAUGGGUUUCCACCAUCAAAAAGCUCUUGGUAGGGGGAUCCUUCAUAGCACUCUUUUGCCUUCUUCCACAUAAGUUAGUGGCUCCCACUGAUAAAGUUUGGGGGCUACCGUUGAGGAAAACAUAAAGGUGAAAUGGGCUCCCUUUCUCCUGACAUUGGACAGGUCCCACUCAAUUUUCCACCUAUGCCUGUAACCUCUCUCCACUCACUACUUGGUUAUUUCACUCACUACUUCUCAGUUGCAGCUCCUUUGUUGUUUCCUACAGAAGAGGCAUUCAUUUUUAUAAGGGGGUGGAAUCAUGAAAAGCUGGGAUCCUACCCCAGAUUACCAUUAAACGGCCUCGGUCCAGUAUACCUGAAGGAGCGUCUCCACCCCCAUCGUUCUGCCUGGACACUGAGGUCCAGCGCCGAGGGCCUUCUGGUGGUUCCCUCACUGUGAGAAGCCAAGUUACAGGGAACCAGGCAGAGGGCCUUCUCGGUAGUGGCACCCGCCCUGUGGAAUGCCCUCCCACCAGAUGUCAAGAGGAGAACAACUACCAGACUUUUAGAAGACAUCUGAAGGCAGCCCUGUUUAGGGAAGCUUUUAAUGUUUAACAGACCACUAUAUUUGGAAGCCACCCAGAUUGGCUGGGGAAACCCAGCCAGAUGGGCGGGGUAUAAAUAUUAUUAUUAUUAUUAUUAUUAUUACACAUCCAGUCACUAAAUCCAGAAAAUAAAUACAGCCCAUCACACUGAUGGACACUUUGCUAGUGUCCUAACUAGUGUUUCAGUGGCUUUCCUUUGAUUUUUCUCUGUUCUCGACCUUGAUUCUAAAACUUAGCAUUGUGGAGCUGUUCGACAGUGGAACAGACUCCCACAAGAGGUGUUGGACUCUCCUUCCUUGGAGCUUUUUAAGCAGGUUGGGUGGUCAUCUGUCAUGUUGAGAUUCCUGCAUUGCAGGGGGUUGGGCUAGAUGACUCAUGGGGUCCCUUUCAACUCUACAGUUCUAUGAUCUAUCAUCCAGUGCUGGCUCCCACAAGAAAGCCAGCAUUAUGGUCCCUUGCUUGAACACCCUUUUGAAAAGAGAAACAUAACUGAAGCAUUACGGUGGUUUGUUUAAAAAGCUAAUUUCAAAUUACUGAUGUGCGUGAGAAAAAUCCCCACCUGUAGUCACAGCUUUCUGCCAGUUUCUAUACAGUGGUGCCCCGCAAGACGAAUGCCUCGCAAGACGGAAAAACCGCUAGACGAAAGGGUUUUCCGUUUUGAAGUUGCUUCGCAGGACGAAUUCCCCUAUGGGCUUGCUUCGCAAGACGAAAAUACCUUGCGAGUCUUGAGAUUUUUUUUCGCUUUCCCCCCCCUUUAUCUAAUCUGCUAAGCCUUUAAUAGCCUUUAAUAGCCUUUUAGCAGCUAAUCCCCUAAGCCUUUAAGCCUUUAAUAGCCGCUAAACCGCUAAUAGCGCUAAUAGCGCUAAUCCGUCAAUGGGCUUGCUUCGCAAGACGAAAAAACCGCUAGACGAAGACUCUCGCGGAACGGAUUAAUUUCGUCUUGCGAGGCACCACUGUAGUUUAAAUCUAGUCAAAAUAUCAAUUCCACCCCCCACCUUGAAGUAAGUGUGGUAUGUCAGUGAUUCUCUACAAGACAUGAAGCAUAUAAGAUUCAUAUCCUGAUGUGUGUGGGGGUUUUUUAAUGUUAUCUUUAAAAAAAAUAAUACUUGAGAGAGCAAGGGACAUGGGGGUUAGUUUCCCAAAUAAAUAGCGGAGCAGAUGACUGGUCCUGAGGUUAAAAGUUAUUUAAAAUAAACUCCACUGCCAAAGAAAAUUCUUGUGGUUGUGGGAAAAUGUUUAAUGGCUUGUUCUGAUGACUUUCUGCUUAAGCUGCAGGUCAAAGCAGAGAAGGCCUGGCUACUUUUUCACUGUGGUGGUGGGACCUUCAUUUGGCUGCCUCACAGUAGACUUGGUGUAACCCCCACUAGCUGGCUGGUAACAGUGAGACCUUUUUGAAGCCGUGAAAGAAACCCAGUAGAACAGUAUGUUGCUACGGUCUGCUUUUCUGUGGCUUAGAUUCUCUACCUAUAAAAGAGGAACAAGCCUCGCUAUUGUAUACAUAGCUGAAGGCAUUCAUAACUCCUAAAGCCUUCCGUGUUCAACUGGAAAGGAGCAUUUGUCAAAGCGCAAAAUGAUGGCAUGCUUCUAAGAAACCUCGGAAUUCACUGUAAUGGGAUUUCUCGGUCUCUGGUUUCCUUGUGGAGGUAGAACAUAAGACACUUUCCCUUUUAUGCUAUUUUGGCUGCUGAAUAUAUAUGUUCUGUUGUAACUAACAGCUAAUCUAGGCCGUUGACCUGGAUCCCUAUGGUGAAUGUAGCAGUUGUUUCUGGGAUGGUGAGGGGAAAGGGAGCAUGCCUGAGAAAAAUGUUGUGUGCUGCUGCCACCUUACCAAACAACCUUAUCAGCUUGUUGAGCAGAGGUAGGAAUUGGGCUCUGUUGGCUUUGCUCUGUAGCUUUCAGGGAACAAGGGUUUUCACUGCAAACUAGGACUAGCAGUGGAGUCCUGCAAACAAAAAGCUCUAUUCUCAAAGUCAGUGUUUUAUGAUUGUGUAGAGAUGUUGGGUGAGGCGCAUCCUUCCUGUGGCUGCUUUUUAUUUUUCUAGAUCCUGUUUAUGAACACUCUGUUAAGUGGCUGAAAGCAAAAUGUUUGUCUGGCAUAUAUUCCUUUUUGCCCAUCAUUACGGCAGUGAUCAAGUGCAGCGUUAGUAGAAAUUAUCUGGCUUCUGAGUCACAUCCAGAUUCCUUUCUCUCAUCCUAUACCAUGUAUAUAAAACAGCUUUGCAGUUCAGCUUUCAGCAGUUCCCAAUAAAUAUAAUUUGCAUGUUCAGCUUGCAAGUCUGAAUUAGGGCUGAGGUGGAUAGGAAGGUAGAUCUAAAAGGGACAAGUGUUUGCUUCCAUUGACACAAGACUUGGUUCAUACCUAAAAUGAAGCCUGUCUCUGUGAAAGCAGGCCUCAUCAUAGGAUUUUUUUUCACUUAUAAGCAAGUUUUUGUGAAACACUUAGAGCUAUAAUGGGGUUAAAAUGUUUGAGUAAUUUUUUUCUGAGCCUUCUUUGUUAAAUAAUGUCUUUUUAGGCUCAUUUCCAAACUUUUCAUCUUCAGCUUAAAAUAUAAGGACAACAAAACUAGCAGUCAGCUAGCUUCAGCGGAAUGAGAUGGUAGAAUAGACUUGCAACACUUGAGAUUGCAGGUGACAGAGGGUUUAACAAUUUUUGAACACAGGCCUAUAUCAAGCACAGAGUUAAGCAUGCUUAAACAGUGGGCCGAAGGGGGAACAGCCGGGUGGUGGUAGUUAGAAAUACAUUGUUACAGAUUUAGAAUUAGUGAAUGUUAGAAAUUAGUAAAGUGGUAGAAUGUAGAUAAUAUUUGGAGUAUUGAAGGGAAGAUGCCGGGCCAGCGGGAAAAAAUAUAGGCUGAGCUUCCUUUCCAGGUCAGGGCCUCACCUUGGAUAUUUAUUUAUUUUUAUCUGUUAAAUUUAUACACCGCCUCCAUUAAAAAAUCUCAGGGCAGUUCACAGAAUAGAGGCCAUGAGCAUGACAAAAGGUGUUGAUGGCUCAUCACAGAGAAAUCCAGAGGUUCCCAAGGUUACGCUGAGCAAGGGUGUGGGUUACAGGGAAAAUGUCACCUUUUAAAACUAGGCUUGGCAAACAGGCAGAAGGGGAGGAAUUGCUUGGCAAGAGGUGUUUGGGGAACAAGGAGGAGGAAGUAGGGAGAACUCAAUGUGGGUGCUUUGGCAGGCUGGCACAGAGGCAUAGAGAUGUCUUGGAAUCAGAUGCGGCACUGCUGUGGGGAGGAGUUCCUUCUUGAGAUGUAUUGCUCUGACCUCUCUCCAGAGUAGAGCCAGGUGUAAAUAUGCGUUGAUAAACCAUAUUUAUUAAAGACAUGACAGUCUCUGCUGUGUGUUGAUUCCCAGCGGAAACAUGACCCUGGGUAAGCAGCCAGAACCCCCUAGAAUCUCGCUGCUGCUCGGCAGAUUCUGGGGAUGGCACACAACCUUUGCAACAAUAUAUUGUGACUUGAUGAGAUUCGUUCAUAGCUGGUAAGGCUUUACUCAGUGGCUUGUGAGCAGUCAGUUAUGGAGCACAUGCACCACCUGCAUUGCUAGAGCAUUUUAUUAUAUAAAAUUCAGAGAGGUAAAACAUUAAAGUGUGGAAAUAAACUGUUUUUCAGUGCUUCAAAAAUAAUCUCCCUUUUUCUUACAAGUGAAACAAUAGGUCACUUUUCACACACUUCACAGUAAAAAAAAAUUGUUUUGUGACCUUUGGGCCUUGUAUCUGACCUUUGGGCCUUCUGUUGACCAUCCCUGUUCUAACAUGUUCAUCUUAAAUUAAAACAACAACAACAAGCAUUCAGAUACAAAUCUCUGUCCUGAAAACCACAAGCACACACACAAACAAAAACAGAUCCAUGCAUUUAGUACAGGGGUGUUUUUUUACCUGACAUUAGAAAACUUGCAGCCAUCACACAGUUAUAAUUAAAUUUGGUUUCAAAAUCUUAGGCAAUAAUUAAUUUAAUAGUUUAUAAAAUUACCUUCUCCCUGUAAGCCUUCUUGUAAACUUUCAGUUCAAAACAUAUAUAAUGUCUGGCAUUCAAUUGAAAUAAUUGAAUGUCUUUGUUCAGUGCCAUCUGUUCCUUCACUGCCGCUUUCUUUUCAGUAAACGGGCUUAAUUCUUCCUUCCGUCUGAAUCAAGGCAUAUGGUGCACUGAAUUUCAGCUUUUACCACAGAUUCUUCACUUAGUUGCAGGAUGGUGGUAGACUGUAUAUACACUGGUUGCUUCUCUAGUUAAUGUGCAACUUGAUUUUUUGAGGAGUGGGGGCAAAUUCAGGGCAGUCCUAAUCCCUUGAGCAGCACUGCUGGAUGGGGUGCAAAUUUGUCAGGGAGAGCCUCUGCUGCUGUGGAGGUCCCUGCUGUGUGCCUUCCAGAAGCUACCGCUGGUGGUGGUGCUUGUAUUGAAAUACUGCUGAACAUUUAAAAUUUUUGUUCCUUGAUUUUCAUCAAAGGAAUAUUUAAUUGAACACAGUGUUGAUUAACAUUGCUGCCCUAUUUCGGGAUGGUGAUAGUAGUCUGGAGAAAUCAGUAUUGGUAAAGUCACUGGAUUCAGAACACAUUGUCUCUUCUUUCUGUUAAAAUAUGUUUUCCGUUUUUACGCCCUCAGAGAUAGAACAUGCUACUGUAUUGCACAGAUUCCAUAACUGAUAUGUGCUUUGGAAUGUAUACUUUUUCCUCUUUUUUUUCUUUUGUUCUUCUUUGUCCUCCAAAUAUUUGCAAUGGUUAUUUCAGUUGUUCUGCUUCACGUUGAAAUGUAUGUUCUUGCAAAUACCAGUGUGCUUCCAGUGGGACUUCAGCCUGCUGGAGUACCUUACGCCUAUAAUGCCUCUCCAUGCAUUCCAUCACAAGUGGAUAGGUUGCCGGCUCAAAUUUGUUGGCGAACAAGUAGGGAGAUUCAUGGAUCCACUUUAAGUCCCCAAGACCAUACACACAAAUGUCUCUGACAUAAUGGCCUGCAAAAGCGAAAUAGCAAAUUGACAACCCCAGAUUGCAUGCAACACAGAAAGGGAAAUAUGUGGUGGACAUUUUACAUUAGAGGUGGGGAAAGGCAGUUCUGUUGUUUAAGCAAGGUCCCACUAAACCAGGCAUAGGCAAACUCGGCCCUCCAGAUGUUUUGGGACUACAAUUCCCAUCAUCCCUGACCACUGGUCCUGUUAGCUAUGGAUGAUGGGAGUUGUAGUGCCAAAACAUCUGGAGGGCCGAGUUUGCCUUAUGCCUGCACUAAACCCUAGGAUUCCUUUUUUUUUUUUUACCACAUUUGCUUUUGAUCCUGCACAAAUACUAUCUCUCUGAACAUGAUCAAGAAAGGAUGGGACUUCUUAGACGUGCAGUAUCCAUCAUAAAUGCAUCCAGAUCUGUUUCAAAAUUAAUGCAGAUCUUUAAGGAAUAAAUGAACCCUUUUUCUUAUUCACAAACCAUGUGUUUCUUAGGUGCAAGCUAAAUAAGUUUGGUACUGUAUUAAGGUUAGUUUGUCAGAUUAGGAAUGGGACACAGGUUAAAAUCCCCACCCAGCCAUGAAGCUCACUUGAGGUGAAUUGUCAUGAUAAACUGAGGGGGUGAUGAUCGUGUAUGCUACCCUGAGUGCCAUCACUGAAAGCUGGGGGAUAUAAAUAAACACAUUGCUGUAAAAUUGCUACUGGAUUCUCAGCCCAUUAUAUCUGUUCCUACAUAUGUCAGUGCAUGUUGCUUUUUAAAAAAUGCUUUGUGAAUGAAUAUUGAGGUACGUAUUGGAAACCAGUUACAGGAAAGGAGUUACAGUUAUCCAGUAGAAGCAACUCAUCCCUUCACCGGCUGUAGUUUUAUCAGCUCUGUUGCUGUACAGCCUCCAUUUCCUCAGUGGGGAGUCUGCUGCUCGACUUGAGUCUGCUGCUCAACUUGCAGGUUUCCAAAUGCAUGGAAGUUGUGCUUUCUUUGUGUUUGGCAGAUGGCUGUCCCAGGGGAUGUGUGCUGUGUGCAGUUUAUUAUAUUUACCUUUGCAACCGUUGUGGCUUUUCCCUUCUUGAUCUCUCCACUUGAUAGCACGUAUGUUUCCUUCCCACUGUGCAUCUGGUGUUGCACCUGGAGCAUCUAACAACCAAAUUGAAAGCAACAUUAGCUGUUAUUUUGUUUGAAUUCAUAGGCCACCUCUCAGUAUUGUUACUCCCAAGGGGUGGCUAGCAAUCCCGAGCUUUUCUGGACUGGGGGUUCCUCUUCUAUUUGCAGUUCCAAUAUUUCCUCAUCCCAUGAGAUACACUAAAUAUUCAGCAAUCAUAGCUCUCUUUAGAAAAGCACUGCGUUUUGUUCUGAAAGGUGGUGGUAGUGCAGGAGUCCUUCAUCGCUAUGUCAAAAUUCAGUGAUGCAAGUCCCAACAUCUGGAGAGGCCUCUGAAAAAUUCUGCCCAAUAUGAACUUGCAUGGUUCAGGGGUGCCAAUUAUUCUCCAUUAGAGCACCACAUGUUCCAGAAAGAUGUGAUCGUGCCUGAUGUAGGGAAACUGCUUCAGCAUAGGACUGUGGCAUAACACCCUUUAUAAUUCCCCAUUGCUUGCAAGGAGCAGCCUGCCAGGAGCUCUCUAAGGAAAAGAAGGAAAGAGAGCUUAGAAGGCUGUAGAUACUACUAGAAUGAAUUCUACUGACUCUGCUAUUCCUGGCAGGCAGAUAGGAGAUGCUGUUGAGAGAGCUUGCAUGAGUGAGACCUUUAAUUCCAGUCUCCAGUCUCAUGCUCAUACUUCUAAAUCUACGACUGCGGACCCUCAUAUGGGACAAUUCCACCAACCUAGAAAGGGGGUGUCCCACUUAACCAAGGUUUGGGCCUCCCCAUUUAGCCUGUGAGCAGUUUUGUCAAAGGCCAUGCCCAUACGUUCUACACCCGUUGGCCUAUGUGACACCAGAUGUGUAGCAGGUAAAGAAUGCAACUAGAUUGACAGAGGGUUUAUGGGCACCACCAGUCAGCUGACACCCAGUACUUGCAUAGUGCUGGGUGUGGUGCUUUGCAAGCCUCAACACUCAGUUGAUAAGCCUUUGGAGACAGAAUUUAUUUUCAAACCACAUGGGCAAAAAAUUGGUUGCCUGCCACCAUUGUGCUGAAACUUGGCCUAUCAUCUGGAUCUAGUUCCUCCUUAUUCCUGUUAUAAACAUUGCCUGGAACACCUAGUAUCGUAACAGUUUGUGGAAUUGGUAGACCCUAUAUCAAUACCGAGUGGUUUUACGGUGUUGUUUUUCUGUUUAAAGGUAGAAGAGGCCUGAUUUCUAUUUUUAAAAUAUACAUUCAGAUAGGUCCUAAGGAUUGAAAAAAAAUCUGCUUUUCCUGCCUAUAGUUUUUUAUAAAAACAAAAAACACAAGAACAACAACCAAUGGGUUGUGUGGAGUCAGGAAAAGCCCCUUAAAAAUCAGGAUAUUUUUUUUUUCAUUUUGUACCUGGCAAGUUGACAUCACAUUUCAGUGUUGAAAACUCUUGGUUUAAUAUUUGCUCAAUACUGAAAGGGUCAAAUGAUGGGGAAAUAGCUUAGGGAAGCUGAACUCACUGGCUCCUGGACUUGAAUAUUCAAGACUUGGAAACAGUGUUCAGUAUAAAUAGCUGCUUACCUGGUAGGCGGUUGAGGGUGACCCAGUAGUGCUCAUCCGGACUAUAGGUAUCCCUUGACCAUUCAAGCAAAUCUCUUGCACGUGUAUCAGUCAGUAUAAACUCUACAAAUUCUCUUGUGAGUACAUAGUAGGCACCCCCAAAAUAAAUAGUCAAAUUAUGGGGAGGUUCACUUUUCACAUUCUUCGUUGGAUACACAUAAGAUUUUUCUGAAUGCACAUAUUCUUUGUAACUCACAUGUGUCCGGUAUUUCAUAUGAGGCGGUUGAACAAUUCCUGGGGUCAUAUUUUUACCAUUCCAUUUGCUUUUGAUGUACUGCAUAAGUUCCUUAUUAGUUUUGAUGGGAUAAUCCUGGCCACAAAGAUUAAUAACAUAAUUCCAUUGAUUUUUUGAAUGAAUCAAGUCCUUCAUACAGUUGAUAUCGGCUUGUAAUCUGGAAAAUCCUGCAUAGACAACAUUCUCUGUCCUCGAAGCGAUAAAAAUAUUUUCAAAGCAGUUAACCAGGGUUUGCACAGCCGACUUGUAAUCCUUUGAUGAUUUUUUGUCAAUGUGUAUACAGUAAACAUUCUGAGGCACAUAAAUGGCUCUGAGUAAUUUUAUAAACAUGUCCAGCUCCUUGUGAAUGGUGAUGAUGUACGCGAAGGAGAAGUUGCCUUCUUCUUCUGACAGAGGACUUGUAAUGAAGUGAAGUCUCUUCUGAAGUGUUGAGCAGUUGCAAGGCGUCUGUAUGCAGGUAGACAUUUCUUGCCUGCGGAUAACCUGCUGGCACAAGUGGCCAAUUUGAGGAGCAGCAUCUUCCCCAUCAAAGAGGGCCGAGCAAAGCUCAUCGGGGUAAUCGCCACACUCUGCUAAUUCUGGGAGGAAUUUUUGCUCAUCGCCUUCCUUGGGGAUUGUAUUCCUUAUGUAGACGAAAGCACAGAUGAUAAUGCAACCCACAAUGCAUAUAAAAAAGCCUGAUUUUGCUGUCUCAAGUAGGUUCAUCUUUUGCACUCCAGUUGUUUUGUUCUUACCAUUGUUCAGUGAAACAGCGUUCAGUUGUACCUGUGAGGGGGAGAAAGGAAAAUUAGUGUUUCGUUACCUUCACCCUGAUCAUGUGUUCAUUCUGUUAGAGGCAACCAGGAUUGAACUUGUGGUGAAAAUUUUGUUUCCUGAAAGACAGGCUUAAUUGUGGCUUAAGCUUCUGCAGUUGGCUGUAGGUUUUUGUUGAAGCAAUUUUCAGUUUUUGUUCCUAGUAAAACCAGAUAUGAUGGUGGCGGGUGUGGUUUUUACCAAAUCCAUUCUAUUGAUAUCAGCUCAGCAAUUCUGCAGUUUCUUUAGGCUGAAUAUACCUUGUUCCUGGAAGGGUGGAGACAGGGUUUAAGUCUGAGAAAAAAUGCAAUGUCUAAUCUUUUAAAACCAGGAUCCAAAGAGCUAUUUAGUUGCAUCUAGCUCUUUUAAUUUGUUAAUUAUUAUUUUUUUGUAUCCACACCCCCUCCCUGCCUGCCCUUUGUGCAAUUGCUUUUGCAACUUCCCUGGGUUUACUGUUCAGUAUUUUGAGGGGUGGGAGCAUAGUUGCUGGCUUGAGAGACACAAUGCAAAGUCCUGUUGCUUAUGUGGGUCUAGAUGAACAAUUGUCUGGAUCCUGGCAGUGAUUUAUAAUUUUUUUCCAGCAUGCAUGCUAUCAUAUAUAUCAGGCAUGUCCAACCCUUCGAUCGCAGGGGUGUUCCUGGUCGAUCGUGGGACUAAUUAACCCCCCCCCCCCAAAAAAAGCUCAACAACUUUGGUUAGUACCCCAAAAAAGCUCGAAAACCCUUGGCAAUAACAAUGGGUAUAUUACUGCCAGGUUUUUUUUAUACUGGGAAUAGAUCACAGUCUCUUGAAAGUUGGACAUGCCUGAUAUGUAUGAUUCACUAUCCCUUUACUUAAAUGGGUUUUUCUCCAAGAAGAGUAGGGAUCUUCUAUUCUAGUAAUACAACCAAUACAUUACCACUUUUACAGCAAUUUGUCACUGCAGAAAAGGCCACACUGUUGCCACUGUUGUAACAAAGUUUAAAUUAAAACACUUUUAUUAUUUACAUUUUAUUAGCACUAAGUGUACUUUUGAAUGCAGUUUAUAAAAUGAAAAUUAGUGUGUUUAACACACUUCAGUGUUCUCCUAGGUAAAACAUUCUAACUGUAGCAACAUUGUUUUGCCUUGCUGUACUAUGUAAGUUUGAUGCUUCCAGACCUAUUUUAGCAAAAUUGUUUACUAUUUCACAUGUUUACCUUUCUGAAUGUGGUCUUACACAAACUUGACUUCGUUGUCACAUCCUAUGCCUCUCAGCACAGUGGUAUGUUUUCUUGCAGCUCAGAAGUCAAGUCUCUGUCCUUGAACUCUUAGAUGCUGGAUAUAUGCAGUACUAGAGGGGAAAAAAUAUUUAGCAGAAGGAGCAAUCUGUUGAAAUGCUUUGUGACCCUAAAUAGGCGGUCAGGCAGUAUGGAUUUCACCAUGUUUUUCCAGGUUUGAAAACUUUAUUCAGUAGAAAUAAUGCCAAUAUGUGGAAUCAAAAAUAUCAUGUGGUUGCUAUUUUGUUCAGCACUAAUGAUAAUUUGAAUUCCUCCUAUCUGAUCAACAGCCAGCACAGCAAAAUCUUUAGAUUAUAUUUUUUUAUUUAGCUGGUGUUGUGUUUUUUUUGUAAUAUCUAAGCUUUAGUUUUAAUCAGUUACACUUAUUCAACCUGCAUACAUAUUCUGACUGCAAGCUUUCAAGGGACAACAUGCAAAACAAAAACGAAACACAUUCUGAAGGCACUCGCAGAAGAAAUUCAGCUCAUUUCCCUUACCCGUCUAUCCUGGUCUUCAAGUCAGAAGAGUGUCCUUUCCCCCGAUUCAUUGUGCUGAUGAAAUCCUUUCUGUGUAGUGCUAGAUGGAAGAUGCAUCCAUUUUGCUGCUUACUCCUGUCUCUGCCUUAGUCACACUGCUCUUCUGCGGUGCUGCCUGUGCGGGCCUAAGAAAAACAUCAGGAAUAGUAGUCCCAGCAGAAUAGCGUUUGCUUGGAGGCUCAGAGGGGAUUGGCUUACUGUGUAAACAUACACAUGGAAGCAGUCCGGCGUAUUCUUAAUGCAAGCCUCAUGCGUCCACUGAAUCUGCAAAGGUUCAGUUCUCGCAUCAGGUUUUGGAUGAUGUGAGGAAGGAGGGGGAAGAAGGGGGAGGAGGAGGGAGUCUUUGAAAGGUGGGCGCAAAGUUUUCUCAGCAAAACAGAAUCACGCUUGCUCUGAGGUUGCAGUCUGCUGCCAAGUGACUAACAGAGCCAAGAAUAGAUUAGCAUAAUGGACAUUAUGUACCCUGUUGUGAGGGUUACGAGUGUGUUUAAGGGGUGUUACAGUAGGGAAGCUCUGGCUGUGUCACAAAGCCAGAAAGGCUGUGCUACGGUGGAUGAGCGAUUUUUUUAAAAAGGGAGUUGAAAAUUGCUCUGGAUUAGGCAGACCUACGGCUGAUGUUGUAACAACACUGCCACCGGGAAGUGCGUGAGCAGAGCAUUGGGGGUCAGCAAGUCCCUACAGUUCACUAAAGGCUUUAAAAGCCUCUGCACAUGUAAACAUCACUGGAAAGAAAUUUGCAUCCUUAAGAUCCACCCUGCCUACCGAGACAGACUGAAGCCACUUGCAUUUGGAACUGACAUUUCCCUGCUAUAAGAGGCUAGGUAGGAGGAGAGCCAGCAGCGGCUGUAUUCAAGGUCAGGCUGUGGCAGGACACACAAAAUGUGACUCCAGACACGUUUGACAGGAAGUGUCACCAGGACAUCACGCUACAGCAUUUCACAGAUGGAAAUAGGGAUGUUAAACGCAGUAUAAGGAGUCUCUCUAGGAGUAUAUUGCAUUUUAAAACGGGGUUUCAGAGGUUUUAGGGGGUUUUGAAUGUCUUAUGUAGAUUUUUCAAUUUCAUUGUUCUGUAUGGGACAAUGACAAUAAAGAUAUUGUAUCGUAUUGUUAUUCCCUGCUUGCCAUGCCACUGUUUCGAACACAAAGUAUUACUGCCCGAGCAACAGCAUCAAAAACAGAUUGCUGAAGACUCUUCUCCACCUGCCGGUGUCUCUGUUCUGCAGAUAUUUCAAAGUAAAGGUUUUGUUCUUUUGAGUAGACAUGCUAGGAAAGCAACAUUGUCCUAAUAAUAUGUCAUCAGCAAUUGAGAAUGAAGCAAAAGAGGAAACAGCCCUAGCAGCACUGAUGCUUUAGUGUCAGUACGUUUGGGUUGACGUGCAUUUGCACUAGAAUUUUUUUCUGAGGCUGCAUGUUGUGACAGUUUUCUGAGGCUGCCAUGGUUUGACAUUGUGUAUCCUGCCAUAGUUUUCCUGGCCCUGCUCAUAAGCUCCUCCUUCUUUUUAUGUUCCUCUUUGAGUGGCUUUUCCUGAUUGUCUCACACCCAUUAUAUAUCCAGUCGUUGAUCAUUGCAGGUGAAGGCUUCCUGCAGGUACCAUCUUAUCAGGUGGUCUCCACACAAUAUAGGAAUCAGGCCUUUAGUAUGGUGGUACCAACCCUUUGGGAAUUCCCUCCGUUUAAAUAUUAGGUGCCCUCACUGUUAUCUUUUCAGUACCUACAGAAGACUCUCCUCUUUCAACAAGUCUUUUUAGUAGAGACCUUUUCUAGUAUUGCAAUUGUUUUUAGAUAUUUUAGUUGUUUUGUCGCUUGUGUGUUUGCCACCCUGGACUCUUUAGGGAGGAUAUAAAGGCAAUUAAUAAUGUCAUUUAGUUUUUCUUUACAAGUGAUUUCAGUGCAUCUUAAAGUGCACCAAAUUUAUUACAACGUAGCUUUCAUGGACCACCACAGACAGAAGUCCAUGCAAGCUAAUGUCAUAAUAAAUGUGUUAGGCUUAUAAAAGUGCUAUUCAGACUAGACCCUCUGAAAUCAUUGCACAAAUACUCUGAGUAUAACUUAGUUGCAUAAAUCUUUAUGUAUACAAAGGAAGCUCUUGUUUUUGCUGUAAUGCUCUUAACACAGUUAACACAGAAUUUUAAACCGUCUAAUUGAUAAAGAGGAUGAUUCCUGUGCUGGAUCCAAAGAGGAGGGGCAACAGAAACAGGAUGGUUCUGGAUAGUUAUUUAACUUCUAGAAACUUAAUGAAACAAUGCAUACAAAAUUAAAGGUACCCCUGAAAUCAUACGCACCCCUUGAAAAAUAGAGACAACAUUUCACCAACAAUAGAUGUAAGGUGGUGGAGGGAUUAUCUAUCAGAUUUCACCUAGAGCAGGCACGUCCAACUUCCAAGAGACUGUGAUCUACUCCCACUAUUAAAAAAACUGGCAGUGAUCUACCCAUCAAAGUUGUUGAGCUAUUUGGGGGGAGGAUGAGCCAAAGUUGCUGAGCUUUUCUUUUGGGGGGGGCCAUCGGGGUCCCAAGAACGUCCAGGAUCGACCAGAGACACCCCGUGAUUUACCGGUAGAUUGUGAUCGACCUGUUGGACGCCCCUGACCCAGAGUUUUGCAAUAUCCACCAUCUUUACUCUGUUUUUCAAUCUCUGAUUAUCAUGCUGUAGAAACUUCACUACUAUCAAAGAGUAUUUUCUUCUUUUUUUUUUACAACAUUUGAGUAUACAAUUGAAGCAUAUUUUGAGACUUCCGUUUCCUUAUUAGCUAUUUAGAGGGAUUCGUGGGCCGAAUCUCAUAGGAUAAGAGAACAACGCCUGUGUUCAAUUUGUACUGCAAAGGCACAACAGAGCUGCUGACGGAAUUGAAGCAGAUAGAGGUACUUGGAAGUAAACCUUUACAGACCCUGAGUAAAGUACAGCCACUCCUUUCUUACUAACUGCUGCAAGCUUGAGAAAAGUUAUUUUGUAAUGGUGAUGCGUGUAUUAAUGUUUAAUGAGGAGGGGGCCAAAGCUCAGUGGUCAAGUCUGUGCACUGUAUGCCGUCAGUCACUGGUUCAUUCAUCAGUGCCUUCACUUCAGGGUUUCAGAUAACUACUUCAACUGUUUUUGAAGAGCUGCUGUCAUUCAAAGUAAACACUACUGUGCUAGAUGGAAGCUGUUGUGAGACUCAUACAAUCUGUAGCUCUGUCAAUGAUAGAUCUUCACCAUAUCCAGAUUUCCUUUUCUGCUUCUUAAAGUAUGCAUUAUGAGUCUCGGGAUUAGUUCUCACAUUGCGUUUUCCCUAAAUACAUUGUGUGAAAUUUCAUGUGUAGAUUGUCACUUGCCUUUUGUUGCCUAUAGUUCACAGCAUGUACACAGUGGCUCAGUUCAGACAUAAUGCCAAACCAUGGUUUGGUGCAUAGUCUCUCACACAGGCUCCCCUUUCAAUAGUUUUUUUUAAAACAAAACAAAACAAAACCAUCUUUGGCCAGUGUUAUGUCAAAUUAUGAUAGUACCUCACCUCCAAAUCAGUUUGCAAUAAAUAAAAUAAAAUAAAAUUUUAAGUUUGCAUUUGCAAAUCAUAGUUUGGGAGCACUUAAUGUAGUUCAAAUGUUCUAGUAUGUAGAAAUUUUUACUGGAAUACUUGUAAACUUUUAAAGAUAGCAGCAUGCACUUACUAGUGUUGUUUGCAUUUAAGAAAAAAGUAAAGGUAUUGAAAACUGUUGACACAAAAUUAGGAACCCAAAGAAUUGUGGUUGAUGCGCAGACUCACAUACUUGCUAGAAAUAAUCACUUGAAAAGCAUUAAUUACAACUUGGAAACUGCCACAGUUCCUCCUAUUUUAUUUGCAGUUAAGGUACCUAUGCAUUGUUACUACUGAACAUACAAAACUGAUUAUUUGUCCACAGAAAAAUAAAACACGAAUUUCCCCCCAGGAAAUUUUCCACCCCAUAUCACAUGCCCACAGAUGUGGUCCUAAGUUGCCAAACCAUAGUUCAUCAUUUCAUCUAAGCCCAUGUUAGGUGCAUUGAGAAACCAUGGCUUGUGGCAAGUUUCCAGCAUCCGUGUACACAAUAAAAGGCAUGUGCUGAAGAUUUCAUACUGUUUGCUCCAUGCGAAGUGGCACUAACACUGUGCCAUGAUUCUGGAAUAGCUCAGGGUGAGCAACUUUUUAAUGUCCAGUGCUCAAAAAUCCUGGCUUUGCAUAUUUUGUAGAACACAUAGCAUAGCCAUAGCUUCAUGAAUAAGAUAAACUGCCUUGUCCACAAAACAUAAAUCAUAAAGCUUGGAUAGACCAGAAGGGCAUCGGGUCUAGCUGUCUGUCCCAAGACAGUAUCUUCCACACAUCAGUUUCCUCCACAAAUUAAACCACAUGCUUGAGAGAGCCGCACACCACAGAGGAAGACUUGCUGCCAGAUUCAGGCUGGAGUUUGUUGGGUGGGGGGAGUUAAAAGCAACAGUAAUGUGGUGGUCUGAAUGGCCUAACCCUGGGGCAUAUCGUUUGAUUGCUCCUUCCUGCAGUGUAAGCAAAACAGACCACCACCUUCUCCUUCCCUAAAAGAUGUAGAAUAGGAGCCGUGGGUGAGCUCUCGGAAUUCAACAGAACCUGAACACACUUAACCAGUACAAGUGAUGGCCACUUUUAUUGUCCCUUUCUUUCAUUUUUCAGAUGAAAUCUUUUCUCUUUUUAAAAUCAGGAACUGCAGUGAAAUAUUACUGCCAACUAGAAACCAACAGCUGUAACGCUAUAUAUGUAACACUAGAUAGUCUGUUUUGCCUUGUUCAACAUGUUUAUUCACAAACAAGGAUUAACUGUUUAAAAUUGUGUUCCAAAAAUGCUAAUCUCAGGAGUUAGAGGAGGUGACUGACAUGGGAUUGUUUAUGGUAGGGGUGGAAAUUGGCUGACUCCCAAGGAUUUCGAUUUUUAAGUGAACCAAAAGAGCCCGUUCUCCAGUUUUAGCUGUUUGGUUUUAGCUCAAUACCUACUAAGAAAGAGAUUGGCACAUUUAUUCAAGAAAAUGCUUUGGCAGAAAAUAAAUGGGUAAUAGACAGGUGUGAAUCUCCACCCCCCCCCAGUAAAAUUCUAUAUAUGUCUACUCAGAAGUAAGUCCUGUUAAGUUCAAGAGUAAGCAAAUAUUGGAUUGCACUGUAAGUGACCCUGAUUUUGAAGCAGGUUGUAAUUUAUUUUUUUUAAAAAACACCAUAAAGUUUAGAAAUAAUAAACUCACCCUCUGCUGGAAAAGGCAGACUGGAGCCAAAUUUGAGAAAUGAGAGAGAAAAUUCUCAGGAUCCAUAGCCCUUCAGGCAGAUUCAGACUUCCCUUUCUCAUGCGGUCCUUCCCUUUCUCAUGUGGAGACCUUCCAUCACAUGAAAGUAGUUAAUAAUUAACAUGAAAUGUUUGUAUUUUAGGAUUAGUUUUCCUUAACCACUUAAGUCCCGUGUUUUUGGAUUCAGCAGCAAUAAUGUUCUGGAUGACAUAAUUAAAAAUAGCUUGUGUUUUUCUGGAUUUUGUUGUUGUUGUUGUUCAGACAGCCUUUUAAGGCAGUGAAACCAGUCUUUUUAAAUGAGAUCUGUAGAUAAAGCAUUGCUGCUGAUUAUAAAUAGUCUUGGUAUGGCUUUAACCUCUAGGCUGCUAGCAGAGUACAGUGAACAAUGUGAAAAAAAUAUUUUGCUUUUCUUUUUCUUUUUUUAACUCUCCGGUUGCUGAAACUUUCCACUUGAUGACAGCCAUGUGAGAGGAGUGUAAGGAUUUUUUGCCUACCAGGGAGGAGUGAAGAAAUAAUGAAUCAGGCUGCGGAAUCUGGCUUUGUGCCUUCCUCCCAAUCUAAAUAAUUUCGCUUCUUUCGUCAUCUUAAUGUGUGAAGGCUUUUGUGUUUCAUUUAAGUGGUUGGUUUGGAAGUUUAAAUAAUGAAUUGAGAGCUGCGGGACGCAUGGAGUGGGGAAAAAGAAAUUUUAAAUAGUCUCUGUGCAGAAUUCUGUAGCUUUGUUCUAAUUCUCAGUUUUAACUAAAGCUGUUCUAAUAAUAAUAAUAAUAAUAGUAAUAAAAAUAAUAAUAUGGGUAGACAUUUGGAUGCAGUCGGGAGGAGCCAUUCACAUACGGAAAUGGGUUUCUAUGUGCAUAUUCCUAGCUGCCUAGAAAAGCUCAUAUGCAAUUAGGUGGGAGAGGGGUGCCCAUUCUCCCCAGUUCAGCUGUUAGGGCCAUGCACUGAGCCCUGUUCUAAAAUCAGAAAUUGUUCCUAUAAACUGUCUGGGGGGCAGCAAGGUUUCGAUUUAAUCCCCUACCAUUCCUGCUUCAUUAAACACUUCAUCAUUGUGCUUUUUUUGAAGAGUGAUUCAUUCACACAGUGAGAUUGAGCCUUUCAGGAAUACUCAGUUAUUUUAGAGAAGUGCUAUUGUGCAUGUGUAACACUGAAAUUUUGUUUAAUUUUUUUUUAAAAGGAGACUGCAGAAUUAUUUCCACAAAAGCUAAAGACAACUAACAUUCUAAAAUAGUUAUUUAUCAAUGCUUUCAUGAAUUCCAAAGAUAUAAAGUAUGGUUUAGGCUCUUGCCUACGGAAGCUUUUGCUACAAUAAACCAGUUAAAUCACCAUCAACCAUCACCAGCCAUUUUAGUGCAUAAUCUAGCCUUCACCAACCUGUUGCCCUCCAGAUGUUUUAGACUAUAACUUCCAUCAGCCCCAAGCAGCACACGAGACUGAUGGGAGUUGUAGGCCAAAGCGUCUGGAGGUCAGCAGGCUGGCAAAAUGCCGGUGUGACAAUUACAUAGCUGGCAGAGCAGCAUCCAGCAAAGAUUUUCACGACAAUUCCACCCAUAGUGACAGACUAUCUACGGAACAGAGCUAUGCCUCCCUCCCCUUUAAAAACAAAUAUGGCUGCUUGUAGAGCCAUAGGAGUUUCAGGAAGUGCCGUCAAAGAAGGUGGCGAUGUUUUGGGUGGUGACGACCGGGGACUGUUUGCAGUAGAGUUUUGUUUUUGUUUUUUUAAAAUGAAGCUUAAAUGGCCAUAUAAGUACAAUAAAAGGUGUACGUUCCUGAUGGUGCACAAAAAAGUUCUCUGUUGUGGGCUUAGCACAAGCAGACAUGCUGUAUGUCAAAAUGCUUGAGGCAAUAAAACAGGAAACUGCUACUUUCUGCCCAGCUUUUCCUAAGCCCUAUCAACCUUUUAAGUGCAGUGUGUGUGUUUUAAAAAAAUCCUGCUCUUACUAUGUGAUCUUAUUCACAUAUAAGUAUUUGCUUUCUUUUGUCUCCUUGCUGUACAUCCCUGUUAUGCUCACCUGUAAACACUUCAGAAAAAUAUUUGGGUUGUAUCCAAAGUAGUGCUAUGUGAAUGCUCCAUCAGUGGAAGGCUUUCUUGCUUGCGCAGUGCUUUCCUCCUCCCUCUGUGCACGCCUUAAAUCUGUUCUAGAGUUUUCCCCAACCCUCUGGAGUAGAUUUGGGGAGGGCACAGGAAAUGGGGAGGGAGGAGGAUGUUUUGUUUUGUGAGUGUAAAUCCUUGUCCUAAUGGAACAAAUGAAUUGGAUACCAUCUCCUGAGUCUUAAGAUACAUUGCUUUUGAUGAGUACUGGAAUUUGUGAUGAGACAUUAUCCAUUUUCCUUCCCCACUAAUUUUAAAGAUAUUUUUUUCAUCAUGACUGGAACUGGACAGUUCUACGUUCUAAAUGUGUUCUGUCUUUGAAGAGUUGCUGGCCUGCAUAGAUUGUAUUCUGUAUUUAUGGCCCUGCUACGCAAGACAUUAACUUUUAGGGCAGUACAAUUAAAAAGAGAUUUGAGCCAUAACUGCAACAGUUGGUUGGUUGGCUGGCUGGCUGACUGCAAGUCAUUAUGGGUUGCCCUGGGCAACAUAAAACAGCCAACAGAUUUAAUAAAUAAUAAAAGAAUAUAGCAACAUCAUCUGCAGAACUGAAUUAGAUAACAUUGUGCCUUUUGUCUCUCAAAAAGCAGGAAAAUACCCUAGCUGUAACAAAGCUGCAAUAGCAAAUAUCUGAGUCUGCUAGUGGGCCUCCCUCUGUGGUAAGGGGGCUUGUGGGGCAGCCUUCUUUCAACUUGUGGAAUGAGCUUCCCUCUGAGAUGCACCUUGCACCAUCUUUGCAUGUUUUAUGAACAAUUGGUCAAGGAAACACUUCUUACCUAGGUCUUGGGUUGAGCGGGCACUUUCCUUUCUGCGUUGUUCUGUGCUUCUGCUUUUUGUUUUUGGUUAGCUUUCUGGUUUUUGUUUUAGUGGUUAUAUUUUUAUCACUCAUCCUGGAGCCAUUUGGUGAAUGGCGGACUGUAAGUACAUACAGUAUGGCACGUUUUCUGCCACAUAGGAAGUUGCAUUAUUUAAGGCCAGUCAAUUUCCCGUCUAGCACAGCAUGGUCUGUCUAUCUAUCCUGACAUCCUCAGGAUGUGGUGAUAGCCACCAAUUUAGAUGGCUUUAAAAGGGAUCUGGACAAAUUCAUGGAAGAUCAUUCUAUCACAGCCUGAUACUGAGGAUUCCAGAAAUAGGUGAUGACCUAACCUUCCUGAAAUUGGCUGUAAUGCAGCCAGAGGUUGUUGACCUUACAGGGUGAACCGCUGACCUUCUAGAGACUAGCUAGAAACUGUUGUCUUAUACAGCUAUUCCCGUUGGAGCAGGAAGGCUCAUGGGGGCCCAGUUGAUACCAUUAAGCUCCAGAGCUGCUCUGUACUGCUACUCUUCUUCACAGGAGAGUGGAAACUGAUUGCUUCUGUGAGUAGGGAAGAUGGGUGAGAGCACUAGGAAGUGAUGGUGUCUGCUGCAUCUUCCCCAAGGUUAGAUGGAACCUACCCCCAUCCCCUGCAAAAGAACCUCACCUUUUAGCACAUGAAAUAUCACACACACACACACACACACACACAAAAACAACAACCAAUGACAACCCCACUUCUUUCAACUCCCUCAGACUGGGCAGACCAGUUUCAUCCCUUCCCACUUUACAGGCAGAUAUGUUACAGUGGCUUUACACACAGGGCAGCCCAGCUAUUCACCAAGGACAAGCCCAUUCCAAAGAAUAGAAGGAGGACAGCCUUUCUACAUUGCAUAAUAGAACAACAGCCGCAUUUAUAUGGUUGAUUAACCUUCUUAUUCCAGAAUAUAGGGAUUAUAUUAUUUCUUACAGGAUAAGUAGGAGAGGUACUAAAAUGUUGUCUGAGUGAGUUUGUUUUCCUCUUCCUCUCCCUUUUUUCCUUUUGUUUUAUGUCUUCUUAGGUUUUAGAUUUUGAGUGGGGGCAGGGGCUAUGCUAUUUUUAUUGGUUUGUAAGCCACUCUGAGAGCUUUUCUGGCUAAAGACUGGGGUAUAGAUGUUUUGAAGAAGUAAAUAAUUUAGGUUCAUGUUCUGUGAGUCUGCUACUCACAGUGUGUCAGCCUCUUUAUUUAUAAAUGAAAACAAAAAUUAGAAAAACACAGUAACUCUCCAGUCCUCUUUCUUCCAAAGAAAACUUUCCCUGUGAAAGUUGCCCUGAACUCCCUUCAACUCCAGGAAGGAGAAACAGCACAACUACACAAAAACCAUGAAUUGUUGAAAAGCCUCUUGUUUCCUGAACAUUCUUUUGCAACAUCCUUGUUUAUGUUGGCAUAACAAUGGUUUUCGCUGCCUAUUCCAAGGAUUAGUCUUCAACAGUGGAGUAAAUAACCUAUAGACUUUAUUGCUCUUAAAAAUAACUCUUUAAAGCCUUCUUUAUAGUUAUGGUUACAUUACUCCAGCCUGUCCCCGUUAACUACAUUAAUGCUUGGAAAAAGGAUUAAUGUUUAGGAAAAAUCUGUUAGGGCAUGCACAGUGAGGAGGAGGGAAAAUAAUCCAGUGCUUCCAAUCCAAGCAUGAACCACUAUUCCUGUAUGCAAACUAAUGCUAAACCGUGGUUUAUGACACUGUGAUUUAUUAAAUCGUUGCUCAGUGUUGCGUGUGUACAUGGCCCAGCAGCAUAACUGUUUGGUUUGUUUCUUGCCAGCAAACCAUGAUCUGAAUCCAUAGUUUGUUGCUGUGAGGCUGAAGAAGCAAGGGGAAGGACCCUCUAGUCUCAUCCAUUGGCCAAGGGAACAGGUGUCCUCAGCUACUACAGUGGUGCCUCGCAAAACGAAAUUAAUUCGUUCCGCGAGUUUUGUCGUCUUGCGAUUUUUUUCGUCUUGCGAAGCACGGUGUCGGGAAAGUUUUGGGAAAGCUUCAAAAAUCACCAAAGUUGCUCCUCGAAGUCAAGUCGCAACUGUAUUAACGGUGUUAAGAAAAAGGAAACAAACUUGCAAGACGUUUCCGUCUUGCGAAGCAAGCCCAUAGGGAAAAUCGUCUUGCGAAGCAGCUCAAAAAACAAAAAACCCUUUCGUCUAGCGAGUUUUUUGUCUUGCGAGGCAUUCGUCUUGCGAGGUACCACUGUAUUCAGAAAAAAAGAACAUUAGCAAGGGAAGAUCCAGCUUGGGGCCAACUGGAUUUCAGUUCCCACUUAUAGCUCUUCUCCUAGAGCAGUGGUUCCCAGUUAGGGGUCUGGGGACUCCUGGGGAUCCGCAGAAUGCAAUCAGGGGGUCUGCGGUCCCAUCCCUUGCCUCCCUCCCCCCACCAAUUUUUUGUCAUUUUUGCAUGUUAACACCACAAAUUUUAUCGUCUGUUUUAGCGCUGUGCGGUUUUUCAAUAUGUUGGCCAAAAUCGGUUUUGAAAUCACACAGUGAUAACAAUUUUGACGUAACUACCAUAAAGUAAUCAAAAUUUUCAAAAGUAGGGGUUCCGUGGCUUGGAUUUUGAAAAAUAGGGGGUCCUCAGUAAUUAGCUAAUUGGGAACCACUGCCCUAGACUUAAAUAACUGAUUUUUCUCCUCCAGCUUUCUUCUCCACUUCCCUUCCCUUGUUUGUAUUUGUAAGCUUGGUGACAGUGCCUUAUCUCUUUUCCUUUUUUAAUUUAUGUGUGGUGAUUUUUGAGAUGAGAACUGCUUGGAAACUGGGAUGAAAAUAUGGUAAUCGGUAAAAGUCUCAAAGCUCUUAACUUAAUCUGGGGGAGAGGCUGAAAUUCAGGAACUAAAACUCAUAGAUUGGGGCAGUGGGGCAGAGUUGGGGAAAUGGUGUGGGAAAUUCCCGCUCAACGAUCUAGCCUUUUCUUGAAACUGCCCAUGUGCUUUCAGAUUGCAUUUCCUGUUGCCAGUUAGAUAGAUAGAAGCGUAUCUUAGAAGCAAAUCAGAAUCUUACACGUUGCAGGUUUCAUUCUGUGAAGCACUGUUGUAUAUUAAUAGUCAUACAUAUCUGUAUAUUCCUGUAUUACAUACAAGAUCGUGAGGUGUAUAGGUCCCUAAGGAGGCACCCUCAAGAUUCUGUCAUCCUUUGACUGUUGACCGUGAUGGAUGAGAGCAUUGUUGCAUUGGAGCCCAACAACAUCUGGAAGCACAUGGGUACCCCUGCCUUUGGGGUCUUUUUAAGCAUGGCAUCAUUGGGUGGUAUUCAUUGAAAUAGUUACAGUGGUACCUCGGCUUACAUACGCUUCAGGUUACAGACUCCACUCACCCAGAAAUAGUACCUCGGGUUAAGAACUUUGUUUCAGGAUGAGAACAGAAAUCGUGCUCCGGCGGCACGGCAGCAGCAGGAGGCCCCAUUAGCUAAAGUGGUGCUUCAGGUUAAGAACAGUUUCAGGUUAAGAACGGACCUCCGGAACAAAUUAAGUACUUAACCCGAGGUACCACUGUACUGGCACACAAUUAGUCUUCCUCACUCUCCUCCCCCCAUGCAUCCCCAUAAUCACCUCAAAUCUGUUCCAGAGGAAGUCCCAGAAUAGUUUUAGGAGGGUUGCAAGCAGGGAGAAGCACAGAGAAGUCCCGUUCCACAAGGAGAGACCCAUGUGCUAAUGGAACGUAAGCCUUAGUGCUACACUGAAUACAGUACAUCAUCGUCAUCACCACCACCAUCACUACUGCUAUUACUACUGCUGCUAUUAUUACUAUUAUUUCUGGCACUGGUGCCAUGAGUAUCUUGCUCAUUUUACCUUUAUGGUGUUCUGCAGUUCUGGGAGCAUUAUCAAAGACAAGACUUCAUCUGUGUUCAGUCAUGGAUCAUACUUUUGAUAGUAAGUGAUAGAAAAGUAGACAUUAUGGCACUCUAGAACACUCUGUUCAGAGUCUAAUUACAUCACACUUUUUAACAGCUCUAGUUGUUAUAUUUCUUUUACAUAGCAAACUCAUGCGGUGGACAGGUGCAGGGACCUAUCUAUUUUUGCCGAUGUGUCUGUGCAAGGUGCUGUAUAAAUCAUAUUAUUAGGCAUUGGUCCUGGGUGAGUGAUACUGCCGAAGUUUAGCAGCGGCUACAAAAUUGCUCCAGAUAAUUAAAUGUAUGAUAGGAUCUCUGUGACUGUUAACAGAUCUUUGUAUUCUGGCAAUGAGUUUACAACACAAGCACAGAAUUUCAACCAUCUUGGCUCUCAAUUUUUUAAAAGGAAAUCUUAAAGGAAAUCAUGACCAAAGCACUCUCUGAUGAAGGCUCAUAGUGUAAGUGUGGCUGUUGGUCUCACCUUCCAGUGACCAUGAGACUUGGGGACCUCCCCAGUUCCCAACAAUGAUUCUGUGCCCCCCGCCUCUGCUGCCAGUGUGUGCCCAGUCUCCUUGCCCUUUCCCCCUCCGUCACAUUUCCCUUCUUGACCUGUGCACUCAUAACAUUUGCAGAACAACUAACACAAAGAAAAUACAUACACAAGUAUACCAAAUUGGAACACAUUGUUCUGACAGCAGAGUGUGGAUUUAUUGUGGUGCAGUAUACACCCAGACUACUAAAAGAGAUACAAUCUCAUGCUCAACAUGUCCCUAGGCUCUAUUCGCUCUAAGCAAGUAACACAGGAUUUAUCUGAAGACCCUGUAACUGCCCUGUACAUUGAACAUCACCUCCGAAGGGUCAGAAAAUGCAUUAUGACAGCAGAGUAACAGCCGAUCAAGUAAAGCAAGUACACUUACCCCGCAAAAUGUAGAGUGAAAGCACAGAGACAGGCUUGUUCUGCAACCACACCAAGACCUUCUCACUUAAAAUCUAAUUUUGAAACUGCUGCCUCUCUGGAAACAUGCAAAUGAUUUAAAUGUGCUUUCAGUGCCUUCGAGCUUCAGGACUGUAUUUCAAUGGCUUCCUGUUUCGUAAUUGCUAGGAAAGCUAGAAAACAACAACCGGAAAACCAAACUAUAAAGCUGAAUGCACCCACCAUUAAAAGAUACUUGAUCUCCCUCUCUCAUUUUUUCAUCCGUUGGCAUCACCUAUCCACGGAUGUGUGCUGGCUUCCUGUCAUUAUGAGAAAAGCAUUGCUGUUCUUUGUGGGUAUGCUUGCAGAUGCUAUGAGGAUUUUGUGUCUAAAUGAGAUAGUAGAUAGCAAGAGACAGGUGCAAAUAGCAAAGAAGCCAGCAGCAAACCUGUGCUGUUGAUCCCCUUUCAGUUCUGAGAAGGUCAGCAACUUUUGAAAUUCCCUUUCCUGGAGGGAAAGCCCAGCGUUUUGUUAUUUUAUUUUAUAAUAUAAUCCAAAUCCAGACUUCAGGUUGCUUUCAGGUUUUAUUUUAUAAUAUAAUCCAAAUCCAGACUUCAGGCUGCUUUCACCUCUCAAUGGCAUCACCAGUUGUGCAUCUCCUACCCACCCAGUUCUCCACUCUUCCCACAGUCUCUUCCAUGCUUUCUCCCUACUGGUUUUUGUGCCUGGAACAUUUUUCCAAUUCCGCCUGUCAACAGUUGUCCCGUAUUGUGUAUGUUUUAUGCUUAACAACAACAACAACAACAUCCUCUGUCCCAGUUUGCAGUGUAUGGACCAGUAUUCGUGUGGUUUUGCCUUACUAAUUGUAUUCCAAGGUUAGUGAAACUGAGAAAGGGCAACAAAACGGAAAGCUAAAGGCUACAACAAAUUGAGAUCCUAUUAAUGAUUCAGCAGAACUGGCAGUCGGAGGAAAAAGAGCUCUGGAUGCACGUGUUUUGGAAAUGUAACUCUUCCCUUAGUCCUGGGACACAGGAGUAUGCAAAAGCUUCAAUUAGUAGUGAUUUAAGUUGCAACCUUCAGGAGGGGGAAAACCCCCCCAUUGAACUCAGUUGCACUUUCCUCUCAGGUGAUAUGCAUAAGAGUGUGCUGUUAAUUUAUAUCUCAGUUCAUUGAAUAUGUUGCCAUUAUUUGUAACUCUCAGUUCAUCCUGAUGAAUCACGCACCUGUGCUUGUCUCAGAUGACCUUCUGCUUGCAUGCAGGUGAUCCCAGGUUUGAUCCCUGGCACCUCCAGUUUUUAAGAAAGAAGAAAGGAUAGGAUAGGAUCAAGUACCGGGUACUGGGCAAGACCUCUGCCAGAGACUUUGUAGAACCCCUUCCAGCCAAUAGGGCAGCACUGGCUAAAGCCGCUAGCUGGUCAUAAUUGUCUGGAUGACAAUAAGGCAGUUUCCAUUGUUCCUGCGCCUUUUCCCCAUGAAGCUCCAAACCUAGGAGGCUUGAGCCUUUACCUCCACCUAUUCCCACCCUCCAAAUAUUUAAAUUAUGUAAUAACAAAAGAUAGAUUCUGCAAAAAAAUAAAAAAAAUCCCAACCCCUUUUUUGCGAGUUUGCAAAAUUCAAGCCACUUUUUUUUUUUUGCAGAAUUCAAAGUAGCUGUACUGAAGCCUUAUCCUCGAGUCACCAGCAGUCCUAGGAAGUGGCCCCACAUCCCCAGCUUCUGAGAUUUUUGCAAGACAUUAUUGCUUGGAGACUCUCAGUUCAAUUUUGGAGCCAUAAGGAUUAGAAAAGAUUGAAAACCUGAGCUGCCUGCAAUGUGUCGAUUCUGUAUAACCACCUAGUGUGUUUCAAAUAAAUAUGCAUUAUUAUAACACAAAGCAACAUCAGCCUUCCCCUACCUGGUACCUUGAAGUUAUUGUUGUGUUCCAGCUACCUUCAGCCUCUCAGCCCCAGGCAGAAUGGCUGUUGGUCAGGAAUUACUGGACUUGUAAUUCAAGACACCUGAAGAGUACCAGAGUGAUGAAGGCUGAGCUAAAUGCAUCUUUGGUCAGAGGGGGGCAGGAUGUGGUUCCUGUGCAUAUCUGUUUAUUAACAGUGUAUGUCUCCUUGGUUUAAAGCCCUGAGUCAGUGCUGUUUGGGGCAACUUUUCAUAGGGCUAAGGCUUUUCCUUUUUUAAUGCUGCUGCUGCUGUAAGUAAGACUCUGCUUUCUUUCCCUGCUGCUCGGGGAAUUGUUGUGUACAAGAUCAAAAUAUAUUGGUAUAGAUCUGUAAUCUUGUAGACUUUGCUAUAAAUAGCUGCCAUACAUGUCAGAUUAGCUGUUGGCAAACAAUAAUGCUAUCCGGUAUUGUGGCUCCUUAAGCUCUGGCUGCUAUGAAAUGCCAUGAAAAAUUCAUGGGUGAGGAUGCUGUUAAUUAUGGGAUGGACACCUGGCUUCUGUGCGAUUUUAUUCCAAUUUCACUAGUAUAACAGUCCAUUGACUUGUAUGUUGUUUUACUGGUUCUUUUUAGAUACGCAUAGUUCUUGUAUGCAAAUUUGUAUGUCUCAUGGCUGGACAGAUUUUAUUCUGAUUCUGACAAGGCAAGACUGUUGGGGGGUUUCCCCCUUAGAAAUAUAUUAAUUACACAUUUUUUCAUCAUGGAUGUUUAGAACAAAAUGCAAGCAAUAAAAUUCUGAUAUUCCCCCCACCUUUGCGGCUCAAUGUCGCUACACCUAGAUACUUCUCUUUCUUUGCUUUGAAUUUACGGAGAAAGGUGAACUAUUAAAUUAUGGUGUUGUUGUGUUUUCGCAAUUGUGUUUUGCCUCUCCUUGAACAAAGUACCAUUUCCCGCUUUUAAAUAUUCACCUUGUAAAAAUUACUAGACCUUACGGUGUAGAAUUCCAGUUGAGAAGCUGUGCCGCAUCAUGGACAGAAUCAGGCCUGGGAAGACCUGGUUUCAAAUCCUGGGUUGGCCAGCUAGAUGGUCUCAGCCAAGUCAUGUUUUCUUUUCCUAAGGUUCUUGUAAAGAUAAAGAGAUAUAAUGACAUAAUUAAAUACACCAGUAAAAUGGCUAUUUCCUCACCUCCCCAGUCAUGUUUUCUCAGAAUAGAACGCGGAGUCCUCUUUUGACUACUCUGAAUUCAGUGAAGGAAGGGUAGGACAGAAUGUAAUGAACUAAAUAGUUUUGAGCCAAGAGUAGCUAAUCUUUUUUGCCCAAGGGCAACAAUCGCCCUUAGCCCAACCUUCCAGGGGCUGCAUGCCAGCAGGGAGUGUGGUCACCAUGCAGUGUCUCGCAGACACAGAGGCAUCACCACCCUCAGCUGAACGGAGGGGAUAUAAGCCUUUUUCCACCCUAGCCCGUGUCUCCUCUAUUUCCUUUUUGGUACUGCCAUCAAAGCGCUGUGAUUUUGGAGCUCAGAAAAAUUGCUCAUUGGAUCAGAUCAGGCCCCUGAGCAGGAGGUUAGCCCACCCUGCUUUAUGCCGUAUAAAAUCACGGGGGGGGGGGGGAGGAUAAUAUUCAUGCUGAGUUAAUGGAACGCACGGCCCCAAUCCAGAGGGAGCAAAUCAGUCACAUUUGCAUCCUUUUGCAAUCAGUAGCACAAUUUGGUUGCAACUUACUUAUUUCUCAUUAAUUUCAAAGUGACAGCAGUUGGCUAAACUACUAACUUGCUUUUGGAGUGGGGCCUAUGGAUUGAGUCCAGAUUAAGCUAGUUGCCCUAGAAAUCAAUGGUGCUUCGGUUUAUUGUGACUAAUUUUUCAGAUUGAUUUUGUUGUGGCCCAGAAUGUGGUUAAUCCUGUCUGGAUCCAAUCCUAUAUGUACUUUGGCAAGUACCUUGAUUGCUUACAAACUGAUCACUUAGACAGUGGGAUGGACUCCCUCAGGAGGUGAUGGGCUCUCCUUCAUUGGAGGUUUUUAAAUAGAGAUUGGAUGGCCGUCUGUCAUGGAUGCUUUAGUUGAGAUUCCUGCAUUUCAGGGGGUUGGGCUAGAUGGCCCACAGGGUACCCUCAAACUCUACAAUUCUGUGAUUCUAUGGAAUAAAGAAUUAAACAAUCCUCUCAAACAAGACACAGGCUUAUUGCAAAAAUGGCAGAGAGGAUAAAAAUCUGACUAGGGGGAAGGAAGCAGAAUAUUCAUGUUUGAAUUGUAAUUUAAUUUUGUAGUGAAGCAAAACACUCCUAAUGUGGAUGAUGUAGCUUGUGCCCUCCCUUUUCUAUGUACAUUCAACACAUUACAUUGCCCGUAUGUGGUCAUAAAAAUAUAAAGCCUUGUUAACCUUUUUUCCCUUUCCUCAUGAAAGUGUGGAGCCUCUUUUCAAGACGAUGACGUGAUUGUACUUAACGGUACAAAAGAGGAUGUAGAAGUGCUGAAGAAAAGAAUGGAGGAGAGAAGGCUUAAGAGUAAAUUGGGGAAGGUAAGAGCUUUGUGCAUUUUCUGAUGUAUUUGCACGUGCAUUUAUGGAAUACUUCAGGAACAGAGUUUAUUACAGCUUUUUCAAAACCUUCUCCAUGGUGGCAGGGGGUCAGUCUCCUGUUCAAGUCGCCAAAGCCCCCAGCAUAAAACUGUAGGUGUAGUUCAUUGAAUCCCAGCAAAUAUUUUUAUCAAGUACAGCUCGUUGUUUUUCAAUUUCAGCCCUCGUUAGUGAUUUUUAAUUAUAUCAGAGAUAAGUAAUUUCUUUGGCCUUGCCACUAAUUUAAUCCAGCUCCUCUUUCACAUGGAAAUAGUUCUUCCUUCCUUCCACAAAUGCCGUCAUCAAAAUAAAUAAACCCAUUGGUUUUCCUUUUCAAAUCAGUACCGAGUUGUUCCAUUAUCCAGCUGCUCUUAAGCAGAACUGUCACUCUUCCUUGAUGUAGUUUACGUUUUACAUUUUACCCCAUCCUCUUCUCACUGUUAGGGAUAGGAAAGUGUAAAACCAAUCAAUGUGGUCCAAGCUACAUGAUAACUACUCACACAUUUGCACUGCAUCCAUUGAUCCGGGGUGCAGUUUAUUUUACCCCCUAAUUCUAAACUUCACAAGCAUGUAGACACACCAGUACGUACACACAUUCUGCAAUGUACAGAGUAUCCCUUCAUUUACUUAGAUCCCUCCCCUCAUGGCCUUAAUGAUCCUCAUUGUACUCUUCAAUAUAACAACCACAGUUCUAUCUUUAACUUCUAAGGGUGUUGCUGGUGUGCUAAAAUAGCUUGCAACGAGAACUUCCUCUUGCAAGGGCCUCCUUUCCGUUUUGAAUCUGGCUUCCUAUUCAACAUGAUACUGUAGUAAAUCAAACAUGCCAUUCUGCAAGCAGCGUUCAUGUUUCAGACUAAAAUUAGGGCAGAACUUUUUUUCAUGCUGAAGGCUUGAUGCCAAAUAAGCAUAUAACACUGCUAGGCAUAUCUGUGUUGGGAUUAGGAAAGAGAAGCAAAGCAAAGCAGGGCUCCUUUAUAGGUACAGCUGAGAGACCAGCAACAUUUGGCAGGGUCUUGUAGCAAUCUUAAAGCUGCUUGAGAGCCACCUUUGAGGAUAAAAAUUAUUUGAAAAUAUAUCGGUCUCCUUCCCUAGUUGCAUCUUCCUACCACAUGUACUUUAGUUGCAAGACUUUCGUUGCCUCUAAAACUGCUGCGCAGGAAGGUCUGAUGCGUUGCUGCCACCUCCAGGAAGACAUGGGUAAUCUGCAGAAAAGGGAAUAGCUCAGUGGAAUCAGUGCCUUUCUUGCAGCUAAUAAUGUAUGCAGCAGAUCUGUGCAAACUGGUGACCAUCAGCUGCAUACGGAACCCACUAAGUGCUUCAUAGUGUCCUGCUUUUUCUGUCUGCCUCAGGCUGCACAAAGAAGGCAGUUGUCUGCCACCUCCUAAGCCACACAGCAUGGCUAGUGGUCUGCAUCCAGCUUGGCGAGUCCGAAAUUGAUGCAUUCUAACAUUGUUUGGGGUGUCUUCACUUCAAUCCACUGUAAUAUUGCUGGGCCAUCCAGCUCUGAAUCAAAAAUAACCUCAUAAUAACUACAUUUCUGUGGGAAAGCAUUUAACCUGUCUUUUUAUUGUGGAAAGUUUUUUUUAUUGUCAACAACCCAAUUCAUCAGGUGAAAGGGCUCAUUGUCUAACCAUAAUUAAUGGUGGGUGUAAUUAAUGGCAGGUCUGUCUGUCUCUCUCUCUCUCUCUCUCUCUCUCUCUCGUAGGACUCGCUGUGCUUUUCCCAUUCAAGGGGCUGCUUAGGUCCACACCUGCUUAGCUUUGGCAAUGCUGCAGCCUCAGAUGCUCCCAGACUAUUAACUGGAUCUCAAAUAAGAUUAUUUUAAACAAUAUUAAAAAGGGACUUCAAACAGAUAGCCAGCUGAGAUUUCCAAAGGAGACAGGCAGCCCCUAUGGAGAAAGCCGUGCUCCUAGUGUUGGGUUAAUUUUAAUUGUGUCGAUAAUGGAAGAAAGAACAUAUCUCUCCAUCUCUCAAGGAUGAUUAGUUUCAAGGAUCAGAGUCAGGCUAUUCUUCAAAACAUCUUGAUCCUGCAGGCAGAUAAGCGUGGCCUUUCUCUUCAGGGAUUAUUCUGUCUCUCAUACAGUUUGCUCCCUUUGCACGUUAUAAGCCUUAUAUGCCCACUUUUAAGGUAGCACAAAGUGGGCACUGAAUUGUGUGAGUCGAUUGGAUUGUGUAGCAAUGUAAUAUGAAAAAAGCACUGAGUAACCUUACGGCAAAUUUGUGCCGAUGGAACUGGUGGAUUUGUUACCAAACACAGUUUGGGCUGUUGUCACUCAUGUUUGUCUCCAUUGCUUCCAGAAAUCCAAGAAAUCUAAGGCAGCGGAGACCACUGUGAAACCCGAAGCUGCUGAAGGUAAGGUUGUGUCCAUGUGCUGAUGCAACAAAGUGCUAUUCCAGAUUACUAUUAUUUUCAGUGCAGUAACUGUGCAGCUGUUACCUUUGUUGGCCAGAACCCACACAUUUUCCUUCAAGUUAGCACUGCUUUUGCAGAGAAACCAACUUUUCCCAGCACACAAACAACGGUAUUAUGUUGCUAGGAUCACCCCACCCCUGCAGCUAGCACCUCUGGUUUGAUUCAUGAAAUCUGCAAUAGCCAUGGAAAUAUGAUACGCCCCUAUUGGCUAGUUCCAGUGAUGGAUGACCUUUCCCUAUCCCUAUGCCACUGUGUUCUUUUAAAAGGCCAUUUUGCAUGUUGUUUUGACAUAAAUAGGUUAGAAACUGUAAAAAAAAGAGUAACAGCAAAUAGAAAGGUGGGCGCACAUUAUGAACUAAAUAUCCCCUUAAGGAAAAACAAAAGUGAUAAACAUAACUAACCUGCAAUAAUGCUUUUCUCACUUAAUGGAUUCUCUCCCUCUGCCCCCCACCCCCCAUUUUUAAAGGGACAAAAAAUAAAACAAGGAGCCUGUAGGUAGAUCGCACAAAGGGGCAAAUAUAGUUGGAAUGGACUUCACAGGACCUUGUGCUUAGAAGAUAUUGGCCAGAUUCACACAUAACAUGAAGCCAUGGUUUGUUUGGGCAGUUUUGUUUUUUGAAAAAAACCAUGAGUUAACCACGUUGUCCCACAAAGGAUCAAACAAACAGUGGCUUGUUUCUCCAACGUUUGAUUUGUUUUCCAGCUCCUGUUGCCUCAUGCCUUUGGAAUUUGUGAAGUGCCUGAGGUACAGAGUCCAGACCUAACCAUGGUUAAGGAAGUGUGCUGAGUUCACAUGUAACACCAAGUCAUAGUUAAAACAAACUAGGGUUCACAAGCCAACAACAACCCAUGCCUUCAAAGCGUCAUCUCUUGGCAGUAAACAAGCUUGUUAAGCUGCUAGGCAGAGUUUGCACUUAAAACUUAGCCAUUCCCUGCCACAAAGUUUCUGCUAACCUGGCCGUUAAUUAAGUACACAGGUGCUGAUGCAGUGAGCUAUUUUAUUUUACGCUCUCCCCCAUCUGUGCAACAUUUAGUAUAACUUAUGCCUUGAUAUCGUUAUGGUUCUACUCCAUGUCCUUGGCUUAUGGUGGAGAACAUUGGAUAUCAUGGUGUUACAACACAUAUAAGGCAAUGCAGAAAGAGACUGAAGGGAACUAAAUACACAACUGUCCUUUUCAGUGGCAACUCUCUCUGUGUUGAUCAUUAAUUGGUCCAACUCUUGAGUGAAGUUUUAUUGUUUAAUUACUUUUGGUUGCAGUGCUCUCUUGCUGAACAAAUCUUUUGCUAUUGAUUUUAACAGGAUGCAGAUUCCACCUCUUUUCUUUUUAAUUUCUCUGUCUUCCUGUUUAUGUGGGUUUUUGUUUUUUUUAAGAUUUGCCUACAUCAUCUCAAGUAAAUACUGAAAAGGAUACCGUAAACAUGAAAUCCGGAGAAAAUAGAAGCAUUGCCUUCUGCAAGAGUACAGGUUAGUAUAAAAUUUUCCAUGCAGUUUCAUGACAUUGCAUUCAGUAAUAUUGUGGAUAAUCCUUUAUUAGCCAUUUUCAGCCAGAUGUUCACCUAAAACUCUACUUUGAGCUGAUGCAACUGUAACUGGGACCAUCUGUUCGUGGAAAGAUGAGGGCUGCAUAUGAGCCGUGGAAUGGCAGGCUCUCCGUCAUUUGCCUGUUGAAUGAAUUCACCCCUCCCUCGCAUUUCCACUGCUGCCUUUAACCAUGGUCAAUUGUUUCUAUGCCAGCCAUAACCAACGUUAACACUAGGAACAUUAGACUCUGCCUUGUACUGAAUCAGCUCAGUAUUGUCCACACGGACUGUCAGUGGCUCUCCAGGGUUCCACACGGGGGUCUCAUCUCAGUCCUUCCUGGAGAUGCAAAGUCUUAAACCUGGGACCUUUUGCAUGCAAAGCAAGAUGCUCAACCACUGAGCUUAGUUGUUGAAAUUAGCGGGGUAAGGGAGCUGAAAAUAAUGCCAAUACAGUUCACAUAUUUUGUUCUAGGAGGCUUAGUUUAGUCAGAAUCAAGUAUAAACUUCCAGAGUUAAUGCUAAAUACAUUACUUCUGGUAAAUGAGCCACCAUAGCCACUAGAGGGCUGUGGAAAUUUGUGUUCCAGGCUUUUUAGACUCAUCUACCCGUGAACUGUCCUGAAACCAAAGGGGUGGAUUGAUUGCCAGAUGUGAUUCCCCCCCCCCCAGCUCUCCUACCCCACUAAAUUGGUGAGCUGGCUUGAGAUGCUUCCCUGAGCUUGGUCUUUGUGGACUAGCGGUGGGUGCAACAUAGCUCUCUUCUUUGCAAGGCCUAAGAGCUUCCAUGAGACAUGUCCUGUCUAGUUGUGCUGACUACUUAAAAAAACAACACACACCCUCCCGAUUUCAGGACUUCCAACUGUUUGUGAGCUGUCCUUUGGUGUCCAUGUUUCUAGCAAAACCAACGGUUCCAGUUGUUGCAUGAUUUCAACAAGGUUGGCUCCAGUUUGAGGGUUGGGGACCCUAAACAAAGUGCCCUCUUGCUUGGCCCUUCUGUGUUGGUGGGCCUUGGUAAGCUUAUUUGGUGGCAGGAGCAGCAGGACUCUGAUCUGCAACAGGCAACUGGGUUCGAGAACUAUCACUGUCAUUUCCUACAGUGCAGCAUCACCCUGGACUCUUUUGAGAAGAAAAUUGGUGGCUUCCAGACCUAGCCACCAGGUGCUGAUUUGAAAUUGUUUUAAGGGAGAACCAGCGUAGAUACUGGCAGUGGACCUGCUGGAGUGCUUGGAUCCUGGCAACUGCCAAAGGGUGCCAAGUGCCAGCUGUGCAAAAUAGAAGUUUAAGCAACUUAAUCUUGACUUUGGCUUGAACAAGCCUUAAAAAGAAAUAUGGGCGUUGAUCAUCCCUGACCAUUGGCCAUGUGCACUGGGGCUUAUGGGAGUUGCAGUCUCAAACACUUGAAGGGCACCAGGUUGGCAAAGGUUUCUUGAGUAUGGUAUUUGUGUGUGUCUACAUGCAAGUUUUGUGGUGAAGUUGACGUGUGUUCUGUUUGCUUCAUUCUGUAGCAGUCAGCGAAAGUCCAUCGUCUUCAUCUGGAAAAAGCAGCAAAAGUUCAUCCGAGGGCCCCAAGCGAUCCUUCGCAAGCAGAGGAGAGAAAUCGGAAGCAUACAAGUCUAUUUUUACAUCACACAGCUCUGCCAAACGCUCCAAGGAAGAGUCUUCCAAUUGGAUCACGCAUACAGCAUACUAUUUCUAAAACAGAAAAGUUUCCAGUUUGUAGCAGGCUCUGCACUUUCCCACCCUGCUGCAGUUCCUCUUACAAGGGAGGACUUAGUUAUUUGGCACCGAGUGCAAAUUGCUGUCGAUUUAGAAGGACCAUCCAUAUAUAACUAUGUAAAGUAGAAUAUAAAAGCAGUUAGCAGAAAUCAGCUUUUUUUUUUUAAGGGGUGUGUGAUUUGAACAAGUACUAAUUGUUAGGCUCACAAAUGAUGUGCUCUUGAUUCCACCUUCUGCCCACCCCCCAGGUCCUGGUUGCUUUGAAUAAUUUGGAUGCUUGUAGAACAGAAACAGGUGACCUGCUCACAGCAUCUACCUUGCAUGGGUACCUUCUGCUGUCUUUCAGGCAUCCUGACUUUCAGACCUUCUUUUGCAUGGAAAUGUAGAUUGUGGGGCUAGAGUAAUUAGAUAGGAGAUUAGCAUGACCACUUCCUGUCCUGUUCUUCUCCUUGGUUUGCUAAAGCUUUGUCUAGGUGGGUCAGGCUUCAGCAAACGGAAGGUGUUCCACCAUCAGCUUUCCCAAGUGUGAGGAAGCUACAGCAGAAGCCAGCAUCCUAUGUUCAAGAGGGCUGUGGAGUGAUGAGCCACAGAAAACAUUUUUUUGGGGGGGGGGGCAGCCCAGAGUGUCCAUCUUUACCCGUGUAGCUCUUGCCAGCUUUAUUGAAGUGAUAUUGUUGAAUGUUUAAUUUUGGUUUCCAUUCCUGUCACUUGUCAGAGAAAUAAAGCAGAGCCCUUUGUGACUUUUCUUGCGCACCUUGUACUUACAAAUAAAAGCACAAUAUUCUAAUAUUGUCCCUCGAUUGCAUGGUUGAAAGCUGUCCAGCCCAUCCCACUUUCACCGUAAAAGGUUUUGGAGAUGUUGCAUUGGAAGAAACGCGAAUGGGAGGAGAAAAUGCGUUAGUACUCUUCUGAGACGUGUAAGAGACUACGGUUCAUCAGAGAUGGUGUUGCCGUAAAACAGGCGCAGGACCUCAUGCACAAUAACCCCAAGUCUGGUCGUCCCACUCUGAAACUGUGAAGGAAGGUUGUAGUAUUUGAGACUUUGUAAUUUAGAGAAAAGAGGGACGCAGGUGGCGCUGUGGGUAAAACCUCAGUGCCUAGGACUUGCUGAUCGUAAGGUCGGCGGUUCGAAUCCCCGCGGCGGGGUGAGCUCCCGCCAUUCGGUCCCAGCUCCUGCCCACCUAGCAGUUCGAAAGCACCCCUAAGUGCAAGUAGAUAAAUAGGUACCGCUUUAUAGUGGGAAGGUAAACGGCGUUUCCGUGUGCUGCACUGGUGCUGGCUCGCCAGUUGCAGCUUCGUCACGCUGGCCAUGUGACCCGGAAGUGUCUUCGGACGGCGCCGGCUCCCGGCCUCUUGAGCGAGAUGAGCGCGCAACCCUAGAGUCGGUCACGACUGGCCCGUACGGGCAGGGGUACCUUUACCUUUACCUUUUUAAUUUAGAGAAAAGGCAAGUAGGAGGUGAUUGACAUAAAUAAAAUAAUGGCAUGGGGAAAGGAGAUGCAGGGGGAAGGUCUCCCUCCUACACUUGAAUUCAUGGCUAUCCAAUGGCGCUGAAUGUUGAACGAUUCGG